CUCUCACACACUCUCAGUCGCUGAGCUCUGACGGAUGGGGAUACACUGCCAAGGAGGACUUAGGGGUGAGAAGAGAGAGUGUGUUUCUUUUCUUCUCUGGGUGUGUUUUCUUUCUCUUCCGCCCGGCUUCCCUCCCUCCCUCAUGAGCUGUUAACUCCAGCGCCGGUCCUGAGGAUGAAGAGGAUCUAUUUGUGAGGAAGACGCAACAAAGGAAGAGGGAACAAGGAGCAACAGGGUGGCAAAUACUGUGAGCGGGAGUCAGCGAGGAGAUCCUCUCUUGUUCUCCGGGCGAGGUUAGUGAGGAAAAGCUGCUUAUUAUUAAAACAAACACUGUCUGUUUUUUUCUUUGACCCCCUGGUCUUUACUUUAUCUUUAGGGAGACAUUUCCUAUGCAAAGUAUUUUAAAUUAACGUGCUUUUCAAUCCCUGAGAGAGUGCAUUUAGAUGUGAAUUAGAUAUCCUCCCUAAAUCGAGUUUCUUUCACAACAUUUAAAGUCUUUUUGUUCCAUUGUUCCAUUUGUUCCAUUGUGUCACAGAAGUUUCGCCCAAGAUCAACACAACUGUAAUUUCCUAAAGGUGCACCGUGUGCCUCUCAGGUAGCUCCUCUCAGCAGUGAGUGAGCCACAGGAAAACACAGGGACAGCUCCGCUCUCAUCGCUCGACUCUCCUCGGCUGUCACUUUGCACAGGAGGCAAUUAAGAGAGAUUGGCAGUCGACUCUGCCGGUAACUUGGAAACAGGCGUGUGGGAGACGAGUGGUGGCACAUGAUAGGAUUUAGAGGCUAUGAGGAGGCAGAAGAGGAAGGAGAUUCCCUUUGUUCAUUCACACAAAAGCCAGCUCCUCUGUGAAAAAUCCCGCUCUCGCCUCCUGCGUGUCUGUGUGAAAACCUGCCCGGGGGCAGCCGGUGGGAGCUUUUAUGAUUUUGCAUGACAGUGAGAAUUGUUUGAGUGUGUUUACUGUAAGUGCGUGUGCAUAAAAGCCGUGUUUGUGCGCCGGUGUGAGGCUGAAUGUGCGAUCAUACGUGCACAGCCAUUAUACUGCUCCCUGAUGUCUGCUGCAGGUAGUGAGUCUCUCAGGUGAGUGAAAGAAACUGUUUAAACAUUAAACUAGCAAGACAAUAGGACAAUGGGACGAAUAAGUGGGAACAUCGAAACCAGCUUUGAAACCAGCUGUGAUACCUGGAUGGAGAAGUAGACAAUUCUCUAUAAUGACUGGAUGAGCGGAUGAGUAAUUUACACAAUAAAUGAGCUCCCCGAGGACUCUGCCUUUGUUCAGGCCCGAUUUACUUCCAGCUAGUGAUCGAAAAAUCCCACAAUAGAGACCUUUGGAGCUCCCUGUUUGUCACAACACGUUCUUGCAGCCAUUUUUAAGCGUGAGUAAUGCAAGCCUGCCUUGAGACUCUGAGGUUGCCCUCUGGCUCCUGUAACAAAGGACUCUGGUUCAAGUUUUUAAUGAUGACUUGUUAAAAAUGUGGUUCGAAGAGGACGGAGUGUCCUGUUCUCAGUGUAAACACAGUUGGAGCUAGGUAGGGGUAAUUUUUCAUAAGUGUUUUGACAGAAAAGGAGAGAUACUGCACAAGCCGGAGCUUUACUGUCCAUUCAUUUCAGCGAUAGGAGGAAGAGUGGGUCUUUUUUCAGCAGGAUGUGUUUAUACUGGGAGAAUUUGCUUUUAGCUGCAGAUUAACGCCUCGACCGUCCUUGCUUUGUGUUUGCUCUCUGGACUGUGUUUGCAACAGAAGUGAGGUCAGAACAGUCGGAUUUCGCGUCAGUCAUAAGUAGAGGACUGUCUCGUGCGUCACCUUGUUCCUGUCACACACACACACAUACAAAGAGCCAGUGCACUGCCUCACAGGGACAGUUAUACUGAGGCCAUCAGCGGCUUGCUGACUUUGACUAGGAGGAGUCAUUGACUUUGAGAGGGUGUUAACUCCAGCAUGGUACACACACAACGUACACACUGCCACUUCCUGCCAAGCUAAUCUGCAAGGGCAGAUAACACAUGCAUUAAGCCCCGCACUUACACACAAAAGACACACACUCACACCAGGAGGAAGAGGGUGGAACAAGAAGAGGCAUCGUGACCGGUGACUUGGCAGAGGCCCUCAAGGUGAAAAUUUUGAGUGAAGAGCAUUUCAAAUUCAGAACAGAUGAUCAAACCGGUGUCGAGAGCUGCAGAGAGGCUGGCGGCACCAGAUGCAGACAAUCUUUUGGCAGAGAAAGACUUUUCAGUGCCUGGUUUUCAAACAUAAAAGUCAGAGACGCGGAGCUGAAAUUAAUACAACUGUGGUAUCGUCAUCUCACGGACGGUGGUUCUUAUCAGGCUCCAGAUGAGGCAAAAAAAAACAAAAAUCCCAACUUUACCGAGCAGCAUUUCCUGUUCAGCUCUCACUUCCACACACCCAAAGCAGACAUGUAUCUACACUUAUCAGAGAGCUGACAGUGUAAGUUAUUCAUCACACUCUGUUGUAACUUAAGUGUGUUCUCGGUGUAAAACACUCUGACUGAAGACCACUGUUGUUGACUGUUUAACAUUUCGUCUGCCAAGUUACUGUUUGUUCUCAAAUGUGGAACGGUGCAAGGUUGGAUAACAAAAUGUGCAAAAUUGGUGAGAACUUCAGCCCUGAGAGUGGUUUAUUAUCCUUUUCUCUUAGUUUUUCAGAAUUACUUUUGGAUUAGAAAUCUGGAAAAGAGUAACACAAAUGUAGAAAGUAAACACACAUUUUGAGCCUUCGCUGAUGAAUAAGUGAAUAUCCCACUCCAAGUUGUCAAUAUGGACUGUGGAAAUGUUUAACUUGUGCUCAUGUGCUGUGGAACAUUUAAUAGCAUUUGAUUUUAGUGAAUGUUUUUGCUAUUAAAUGACUCACAUCUAUUUUUAUUUAUCCUGCUUUUAGAAUAAUACGACGGAGUAUAAGGGACUCUUGAGACUUUGAGAUUAAAGUCGUUAACUUCUGAGAAUAAAGUUAUCACUUGUGAGAGUAAAGUUAUAAUAAAAUAACUACUUAUGAGGAUAAAGUCAGAAUAAAGUAAUUACUAAUAGAGUAAAGUCAGAAUAAAGUCCUUAUAUUCUAACCUGUUGUUUAAGAUGACAUUUUGCAUUUUGUAAAAAUGUACUUCAAUAUGGGUUUCUCAAACAAGGAGAUACUUAAUUUCUUGGCACCACAGCACUACAUUAUCAUAAGUAUCACAAUGAUUUUAUUACGGCUUUAUUCUUGUUAGUAAUGACUUAAUUCUCGUAAAUGAACGACUUUAAUCUCGAAGUCUUUUUUUUUUUCUUCUUCGUGUGGCCCUAAUACUCUGUUGUAAAAUACAGUUCAUCAAUUUUUUUUUUUUUUUUUGCUACACAAUUUAUUCUCUGCAAUGAUACCAAAAUCCAAUAAAAAUCAAAUUGGCUUUUCAUCAAGACAACCAGGAUGAAUCUAAUAUUUGUUUUGGCCUGCAAUAAAUGUCAUGUCUGCAGCAUCUCAUCUGAGAGAUGGGGAAAUAUCGAGACGACUGGAGCCUGUUUUCAAGCUCCUCAUCUCUUAGUGUAUAGCUGAACAAAAGACUCACUGAGCAUUUCAGCAUCUAUUACUUGAAACCAGAAAUAAGUUUUCUAUAAACACGUAGCAGUCCUCUCACUGAAAUCAGAGAUAGACGCUUUAAUUCUAGAUUUGCAUUUAAAACAUCAACAGUGGAAAAGAAAAAAAAACAUCCAUUAUCUGUAAAAGCUUCACAAAUGUAUGAAUGUAGAGAAAAAUUGACAUAGCCAAAACCUAAUCAGCUCUAGUUGAGUGUAAGCUGGUCUGUAUCAGUUUCUUUAAGUGUGAAACAGACAAAUGGCUGAACAAUUCUUAUUAUGUCCACAUUGGUAUCAGCCCGAACAUUUUUUUAGUUAGUACAUUAAAAGUACAUCACUGAAAGAACGGCAUGAAAUGGUCCGGUUCUUUCUUUUUUGUGGCUAUUGGCAAGUGUAGAGCAAAAAAAAAGACAGGCAAGGGCACUUCCCAGAGGGGUGCCGUGUCCACCCUUCAGGCACUCUUGCUGGGCAAACCUCAGCCUCGCUGUGCUAGAGGUCAUGGAGGUCCUGAGCUUACUGUCGAUGCUGGUCUUUGCACGUUGAAGAGUAAAUCAUUUCCUCUCCAGCAAGCAGGAAUGUCAGUGUCCAGCUUGGUGACCUGUCAUCAUACCUUAAAGGGAUAUUCUGGCGUAAAACUAAAUUAGGGUCAAACACACCGUAACACAGAUUUAGACACCUCCUCGAGAGAUGAAUGUUGCCGACUGCUUGCUUCUCGAGUUAUCCCAACUUGAGUAAUGACCGCAUGAUAGCAAUAUACAGCAGUCUACGGAGCCAUGCGCAAACCCCAACCAAAAAGCCACUCUACAGCCACAAAUAAUGCUCAGAACAGCACCUUACUUCAUCAACAGUUCAUAUAGGGUCCUAGCCAUCAAACAUCUUUUUUGCUUUGCCUGAUUUCUUUAGCAAAGAGACGAAACACAACUUACCCACUCUCCUCCAGCAGCCGCUUGUUUUUGGGGGAGCCCUGAAGAGUCAAUCACAGAGUGCAGUGAAGUUUCACAGCUCAAGGAAGAACAUUUAUGAUCAUUUCUUCAUUGAAAUGCAAUCAGACCAAGACGCUAAGGCAAGAAGAACUACCGCGUCUGCAGAGCAAAAUGAUUAAUAUGAGGAGUAUAACUUAAAGGAAAUGAUCCGCUGCACUCGUCAAGGCUCCCCCUUACCCCUAAAUCUGACCCAGCGAGAUUAGUCAUUUUUCCUAGAUGAGUCUUUUCAAAUAUAAGCUUUUAAAAGUUUACAGAAGUCCAUACUUAGCUGACCUCACGGCCAUGGACCAUGGUUAUUUAGGUACAAAAUGUGUUGUGUUUAUCUUUGACAUCUCAUAACCCCCGCCUGUAUCUCUGCUAACAAAACAGGAAUGAGAAUAUUUAUGCACUUGUCAUUUCCUCGCACCACCUAUCUCAGGUGCUCCUGAGUACGGAAAAAGUGGUCACUGUUCAAAAUCUUUAUUCAAACUGCUUCAAGAUUCAGGUUAAUAUAGGGGUGUGAAAUCCACCACUGUACAAUGUGAUAAACAAGAAAUUGAAACUUUGCUGUUGUUGUUUAAUAGAAAUUUCCGCCAAAGAGCCAAAAGCACAGCGUGAAGAUGCGUCUGUUUGCAAAUCUGAACAGAGCCAAGGCUUUUAUCUGACUUUCUGAGUGUACUACUUGUCCCCCUCCCUUCACUUACCUCCUCACAAAACAUCAUAUUGAAGAGUUUCCAGCUGAGAGUUUAACUGAUUAACAACAGCAACAGCAGCAUUGGCAGCCGAAUAAUUACAUUCUCCACUCCAAAAUAAACAGCAGCAUGCGGUCACGCUGCGUGCACAGAAGUGUCUUGUUUUCUGAUCUGCGGUGCAGAAAACUCUGCAUUUAUUUUCAUUUGGCCUGUCUAUCAUCGUGACAUCUCUCUCCCCCGGGUUCACACCAACUUCCUGUGCUCCAGGCUCGGCUCUGUUUGUGUGUAUGAGCUUGUGUGUGUGUGUGUGUGUGUGUGUUUUUGUGCAUGCAUUUUAAUUCGUGUUGAUCUCCUCAUAUGCAUCCACGAUGGUUAGAAAGAGGCUGAGUUGAAUUGAGAGCAAGACUUUGUACAGUACGAUUGUGUAUGUGUUUACAGUACAGAUGUGUGCGUGUGCAUGUCUGUGUUCGUGUAUAUGAGCAGGCAAGAAAAGAAGAAGAAGAAAAGAGAGAGAGAGAUAGAGGCUGACAGAAGCAGGUUCGUUGAUGCAACAUUGACGUUCCCUUUGAAGUCGCUUUCCCUCCAUAUCAGAUUCCACCCAACAGAUGAUAAUCUAGCAAAGGCCUGUGGAGUGAAUCACCCACACUACACAAACACACACACACAAACACACACAAAGAGCUUCUACCCCUCAGCUGUCGCUCUCCCUUCAUGUGACCCCUGUGUGCUUUAACACUGUAACCAUUAGACGCCAGAGGCAGAAAGCCAGCUCACACUUUGCCCCAUUAGCCUGUCAAUGCUAAUAUCAGUAGCCCACUCCACAUGUUGUCUCUGUUAUCCUGACCCCCUUUUAGGCAAAGUAGAGCAACACGUCUGCUGUUAACACACAACAAUGCAAAUGUAGCUGAACAUUUUACUAUCCAAAUCCAAUCCACCUUUAUUUGUGUGGCACAUUUGAAAAACAACAAGGUUACCGAAGUGCUGCACAACAGAUAAAGUAUAAAAAAAAUAAAGUAAAAGUUUGGUCUUUUGUCUGCUUUUUGGCAUGGUAAGACAGCUGAUCCGCAGAUUUUAAUGCUCUAGAAGGGGUGUAGACAUGUAUAAGGUCACUAAUAUACUGAGGUGCCAAACCAUUCAGUGACUUAAAAACAAUAAAAUCUUAGAAUUAUUUCUAAAAUGGACAGGGAGCCAGUGGAGGGAGGUGAAAAUGGGCGUGAUGGGAUCAUAUUUACAAGUUCCUGUUAAAAGCGGGUGAGGGAGGCCUGGUUAAUGCCAGUGUAAAGUGCAUUACAGUAUUCAAAACGGGUCGAGAUAAAAGCAUGAAUCAAACACUCGAAACCAUUUAAAGAUACAACAGAUUUAAUUUUAGAUAAAAGCCCCAGAUGAUAAAAAAAAAUGGUUUUAACUACUGAGUUUAUCUGUUUAUCUUAAGUCUAAAAUCACUCUCCAUUUUUACACCAAGGUUCAUGACGAUGGGUUUUACAUAUGGAUGCAGGGAGUACAGGUCAAAAGGGGAGACACCACAGUCUCGACACCAUGACCUCGGUUUUUUUUUCAUUAAAAUUUAAAACGUUUAAAAAAAUAAGUUACUAAUAGAAUGUUUGCAGUAGAUAUUGGAUCUAAAUGUUCAUACAGUGCAGCAGGGGCACAGUCUAUAUGUUAAGUCUACAGUGCUUAUGUACAUUGCUUUGAGCAUUGUUGUGUGUAUUAGAGCGAAGAUGAUGGUGAGCUGUGUUUGCAUUUUAGUGAAACGAGCAGCUGAGGGGAUGAUCAUAACGAACAAGCUUUUGAAAUUCAGACACAGGUUCACCCAGUGGCUGUUUUGAAUAUUAAUGCACCCGCUUUUCCUCUGUGCGCAUGAGAAUGUGAGCGUGUCUGUUUAAAAAGGGGGAGAGAAAUCUCAUUGAUUCAGACUCCUUUGAGGCGUUUGUAUUAUUGACCCUGCUUAAACUGUUAAAUCACACAUGAAUGAUCAUAGGCGAGAGGGGAGAGAGUGAAUACUUGGGGAAAUCAGAGGUCAGGCAAAUAUUUACCAGAGUGCACCCGUUAUGCUGAUUAGUAUCUAUGGUUAUUGUUCAUCACCAUGCAUAAGUAAUAAGCUCCAUCUGAGCUUUGCGUCCUUCUCUACAUAGUCAGUUCUUAACAAGCAUAAUUGAGGGGCGAGGGUCAGGGGUCUUCUCUCAGAGGUGAUUUGGUGAAGAAGAAACUCCCUGAGCAUAACAAUAAUAUUGACAUAUUGACACUGAAAUCUUUAUGCAUGGCUCCACUCCUUCCUCAUUAUUUGAUGAACCAGCUUCUAACCUGUGGCCGGGGAAGGGUUUCCACAUGGCCUCCUCUUCGACUUGUAUUUAACCUCCAGUUGACUUAUUCCACCUCAGCACCACAUAGAUCAGUGUUACAUAAUUGCUGGUAAUGAAGAGAAGCUUGUAACGACACUGUGUGAGUUUCUAAGAAAAUAUAUACGUCUUUGUUGGACUAGAGGGGAAAAAUAAACAGUUUCGUCAUGUACAAUCUGAGUUUAAACAGUAGGGGUUAGCAUGAAGGCAGUGACAAUAAACACAGGAGCAGGGAUAACAAUUGCAGAGAGUUUUGAAGACAAGCCGAUGAACCAGGUCUACAGUUAUUCACAUAUGAACCAUAGACUGUGUAUACUAUGGACAACUUGGCUCAGUCUUCAUUCAUUAUACAAAUUUGAAACUGAAUUGCUCUCGGUAUUUCCAGGAUGUUCUCCACUUGUGCAGUAGCGUUGUACACAUUCGGCAGGAGAGUUGCUGUGAUGACGCUCGGUUCAAACAGUGUAUCCCCCGGUGAGCUUCACCACCUUCGUACGCCCCCAGGCUGUACAGGGCUUGACACUAACUUUUUUCACAAGGAGCACAUGUGGUCCUAAGUUGACAUGGAAGCUGUUGAAGGAAAACAGCCUUUUAUGAGAACAUCAACCGGUAAUUUAUCCAUGGUCCCUUAUUCAACACCCGACAUUGACAGCGGGGGUGCUGAGGAGUAUGAACUGCGCUGCUGUUGCUAUUCCCGGUUAUGGAGAGUGAGAGGACUUCAGUAGAUCCACAGUUAAUGUCCGUCAGAUAUCCAAUCUUAAACUGACUUCACUGCGGUAUUUACAUGAAAAAGCAUUUGAUGCCUCAGCUGAUUUUUUUAUGCACACAUGACUCUAGAUACAUUUUACAAUUCGCACACAUCUAUUUUCAGUCGCAAAUGUGAGUGAAACGGUCGCACUGUCGAUACCUACUGUGUCAAGUGUCAAUCAUAGAAUACAUGAACCCCCUAAUAAUUUGUAAAUAUGGAGCUGCACAGAAAAAAAGAGGACUUGAGCACCAACCAGUCUUACAAUAACUACAUGUCAACAUCCGAAUCGAGGGGAGAAAAAUUUAUAUUCUUUGUAAAUAAUUUCUAAAGUUUGUCCACAGCUCUAUAGGGAUUGCUGGAGGAGGCGGGAUUUAUGACCUAUAUUGCAGCCCGUCACCAGAGGGUGCUGUUCUCAUGGUGUCUUCACCCAGUUAAUUAAAAGCGAUCUGGAUGCAAGAGUUCGACACAAACUUCUUACUUUUAAGAGAAAAAAAUGUUGGAAAAACCGAGCAAGAGCAGUGUUCAUGGUGUUGUUGUUCACCGAUCUAUUGUCGCCUGAGCUGGCUCAAGAAAUUGUCACUCACCGGGGGCCUCUGAAACCCAGAAUUGACAGAGCAGUAACUAUGGUGACUCUGCCAUGUCUCUUGUUUACAACCCCAUGAAUCUGGAAGUUGCAAACGGCUUGAAGUCUGUGGUUUGCCCUUUGAAGGAAACUUCUAAAUAACAAGCAUGGUGUAUAGUCAAGUUUAUUAUUAUCAAGCUCGUGACACUCACACGAUCGAGUAUAUCAGCAGCUUUAUAUAGUUUAUCGUUCCAAUUAGUAAGGCUUUACUGAAGUAAAGGCACCUAAGUGUCUUUUCUUUAAUGACUGGAAAAUGAAACUUUAAUCAUUUGAUAAGGCAAGAUAGCUCUUAGUUAAGAUAUGUUCUUAGGUUUUAUUACUGCCUUAAGCUGACACUUUUAAAAGUACACAGCUUUAAUAGUUUGGAGGCAAACUCACAAACUGUUGGACCAUUACGCAGCCUUCUUUGUGACAUAAGUAAUCUAUCUAAAUGAUGUAUUUGCAGGAGCAGAUAGCUGCAAUAAAUCACUGCACUCACUCCAAGAUCAAGCAAACCUUUGUGACUUUUUAAAAAUGCCUUUGCAGUUUCUUACCGCAGUUCAGUUUUGUGAAGGACAAAAAUCCCUUUUGUCUGUCGUCUGUCUUUUGAGGAGCAGCUUGCAGAGCUGUGUUGAAACGGAAACCAUUAAAUUAGACUCUCUUUGCAACCUUGCACUCUGAACUGAGAGCGAGAGAAAGUUGGCUCUGAUUAAAAAUUUUAACUGUUUUUCAAAUUUACACAGAGAUGUUUGAAUAUUUAGUAUUAGUUCGGAUAGUAUUUUUUGUACAAAUCUAUGAGUUUAGGUAUCAUCUGUCUGAACUCAAAGAAAAAUGUUUAUACAGAACAGUAACGCCUGAGCACCUCUGAGGGAUAUGGAUGAAAAUAUCUUAUACAUAUUGCAUGAAUAUAUAUCCUGCAAUAAAUAACGACAGAGAUGCAGAACAGAACGGGGGUAGACAACAUCAGCAGAGACUUAAGAUAAGCUUUGCCUGUCCAAAUCCAAAGCAGACUAAACAGAUUGUUCUGCUCUCAGCAACUUCCAUAUAAAGCCACACAUGCUUGACUGUCCUCCCUUACUGAGGUGAUGUAGUUAGAAAGCAGAUGUGAGUGACAGCGCAGAUGCUCAGGGAGUGGACGAAGGGUUAAACGUCGAUGUCAGACUCACGCUGUUGAUUACAGAGCCGGAGGUGCAGCAGAGCCUCUGUCACUUUGGCUAAGCUGUGCAACAGAGAGAGAAAAGCUUUUAUCACCAGAUAAAAGGAGCAUGUCAAGGUAACAGCUUUAAUGCAUCUACAGAGACAACGAGAACUGGCAAGUCAGAGGGCUGGAGGAUCAGCUGGACACACGAACUCUGGAUUAGCCAAAGGAUUCUUGCUUUUUUCCACAAAGAAUACCUUUCUUUUCAUUUGUUGCUUUCUGUGACAGUCAAAUCUGCACUUCUUUCCCUCUCUUUUUGGUAUUUUACGGAAAAACUUUUGAAAGUUUUUCGCUGCUUAACACUCCACCAUGUUCACCAAAUAGCGUACUCACUCUUUGUGCUUAUUGAUGCUGAGCACGUCUAGUACUUUGGGAUUUAGGAGCUUAGUCACUAAAAACAACUGCCUGCUGCUGCAAGAAAACAACUCGAUGACGAUGAGAGUGAACUUUGUGUUUGCUCUCUGGACUGUGUUUGCAACAGAAGUGAGGUCAGAACAGUCGGAUUUCGCGUCAGUCAUAAGUAGAGGACUGUCUCGUGCGUCACCUUGUUCCUGUCACACACACACACAUACAAAGAGCCAGUGCACUGCCUCACAGGGACAGUUAUACUGAGGCCAUCAGCGGCUUGCUGACUUUGACUAGGAGGAGUCAUUGACUUUGAGAGGGUGUUAACUCCAGCAUGGUACACACACAACGUACACACUGCCACUUCCUGCCAAGCUAAUCUGCAAGGGCAGAUAACACAUGCAUUAAGCCCCGCACUUACACACAAAAGACACACACUCACACCAGGAGGAAAGAGGGUGGAACAAGAAGAGGCAUCGUGACCGGUGACUUGGCAGAGGCCCUCAAGGUGAAAAUUUUGAGUGAAGAGCAUUUCAAAUUCAGAACAGAUGAUCAAACCGGUGUCGAGAGCUGCAGAGAGGCUGGCGGCACCAGAUGCAGACAAUCUUUUGGCAGAGAAAGACUUUUCAGUGCCUGGUUUUCAAACAUAAAAGUCAGAGACGCGGAGCUGAAAUUAAUACAACUGUGGUAUCGUCAUCUCACGGACGGUGGUUCUUAUCAGGCUCCAGAUGAGGCAAAAAAAAACAAAAAUCCCAACUUUACCGAGCAGCAUUUCCUGUUCAGCUCUCACUUCCACACACCCAAAGCAGACAUGUAUCUACACUUAUCAGAGAGCUGACAGUGUAAGUUAUUCAUCACACUCUGUUGUAACUUAAGUGUGUUCUCGGUGUAAAACACUCUGACUGAAGACCACUGUUGUUGACUGUUUAACAUUUCGUCUGCCAAGUUACUGUUUGUUCUCAAAUGUGGAACGGUGCAAGGUUGGAUAACAAAAUGUGCAAAAUUGGUGAGAACUUCAGCCCUGAGAGUGGUUUAUUAUCCUUUUCUCUUAGUUUUUCAGAAUUACUUUUGGAUUAGAAAUCUGGAAAAGAGUAACACAAAUGUAGAAAGUAAACACACAUUUUGAGCCUUCGCUGAUGAAUAAGUGAAUAUCCCACUCCAAGUUGUCAAUAUGGACUGUGGAAAUGUUUAACUUGUGCUCAUGUGCUGUGGAACAUUUAAUAGCAUUUGAUUUUAGUGAAUGUUUUUGCUAUUAAAUGACUCACAUCUAUUUUUAUUUAUCUUGCUUUUAGAAUAAUACGACGGAGUAUAAGGGACUCUUGAGACUUUGAGAUUAAAGUCGUUAACUUCUGAGAAUAAAGUUAUCACUUGUGAGAGUAAAGUUAUAAUAAAAUAAUUACUUAUGAGGAUAAAGUCAGAAUAAAGUAAUUACUAAUAGAGUAAAGUCAGAAUAAAGUCCUUAUAUUCUAACCUGUUGUUUAAGAUGACAUUUUGCAUUUUGUAAAAAUGUACUUCAAUAUGGGUUUCUCAAACAAGGAGAUACUUAAUUUCUUGGCACCACAGCACUACAUUAUCAUAAGUAUCACAAUGAUUUUAUUACGGCUUUAUUCUUGUUAGUAAUGACUUAAUUCUCGUAAAUGAACGACUUUAAUCUCGAAGUCUUUUUUUUUUUCUUCUUCGUGUGGCCCUAAUACUCUGUUGUAAAAUACAGUUCAUCAAUUUUUUUUUUUUUUUUUGCUACACAAUUUAUUCUCUGCAAUGAUACCAAAAUCCAAUAAAAAUCAAAUUGGCUUUUCAUCAAGACAACCAGGAUGAAUCUAAUAUUUGUUUUGGCCUGCAAUAAAUGUCAUGUCUGCAGCAUCUCAUCUGAGAGAUGGGGAAAUAUCGAGACGACUGGAGCCUGUUUUCAAGCUCCUCAUCUCUUAGUGUAUAGCUGAACAAAAGACUCACUGAGCAUUUCAGCAUCUAUUACUUGAAACCAGAAAUAAGUUUUCUAUAAACACGUAGCAGUCCUCUCACUGAAAUCAGAGAUAGACGCUUUAAUUCUAGAUUUGCAUUUAAAACAUCAACAGUGGAAAAGAAAAAAAAACAUCCAUUAUCUGUAAAAGCUUCACAAAUGUAUGAAUGUAGAGAAAAAUUGACAUAGCCAAAACCUAAUCAGCUCUAGUUGAGUGUAAGCUGGUCUGUAUCAGUUUCUUUAAGUGUGAAACAGACAAAUGGCUGAACAAUUCUUAUUAUGUCCACAUUGGUAUCAGCCCGAACAUUUUUUUAGUUAGUACAUUAAAAGUACAUCACUGAAAGAACGGCAUGAAAUGGUCCGGUUCUUUCUUUUUUGUGGCUAUUGGCAAGUGUAGAGCAAAAAAAAAGACAGGCAAGGGCACUUCCCAGAGGGGUGCCGUGUCCACCCUUCAGGCACUCUUGCUGGGCAAACCUCAGCCUCGCUGUGCUAGAGGUCAUGGAGGUCCUGAGCUUACUGUCGAUGCUGGUCUUUGCACGUUGAAGAGUAAAUCAUUUCCUCUCCAGCAAGCAGGAAUGUCAGUGUCCAGCUUGGUGACCUGUCAUCAUACCUUAAAGGGAUAUUCUGGCGUAAAACUAAAUUAGGGUCAAACACACCGUAACACAGAUUUAGACACCUCCUCGAGAGAUGAAUGUUGCCGACUGCUUGCUUCUCGAGUUAUCCCAACUUGAGUAAUGACCGCAUGAUAGCAAUAUACAGCAGUCUACGGAGCCAUGCGCAAACCCCAACCAAAAAGCCACUCUACAGCCACAAAUAAUGCUCAGAACAGCACCUUACUUCAUCAACAGUUCAUAUAGGGUCCUAGCCAUCAAACAUCUUUUUUGCUUUGCCUGAUUUCUUUAGCAAAGAGACGAAACACAACUUACCCACUCUCCUCCAGCAGCCGCUUGUUUUUGGGGGAGCCCUGAAGAGUCAAUCACAGAGUGCAGUGAAGUUUCACAGCUCAAGGAAGAACAUUUAUGAUCAUUUCUUCAUUGAAAUGCAAUCAGACCAAGACGCUAAGGCAAGAAGAACUACCGCGUCUGCAGAGCAAAAUGAUUAAUAUGAGGAGUAUAACUUAAAGGAAAUGAUCCGCUGCACUCGUCAAGGCUCCCCCUUACCCCUAAAUCUGACCCAGCGAGAUUAGUCAUUUUUCCUAGAUGAGUCUUUUCAAAUAUAAGCUUUUAAAAGUUUACAGAAGUCCAUACUUAGCUGACCUCACGGCCAUGGACCAUGGUUAUUUAGGUACAAAAUGUGUUGUGUUUAUCUUUGACAUCUCAUAACCCCCGCCUGUAUCUCUGCUAACAAAACAGGAAUGAGAAUAUUUAUGCACUUGUCAUUUCCUCGCACCACCUAUCUCAGGUGCUCCUGAGUACGGAAAAAGUGGUCACUGUUCAAAAUCUUUAUUCAAACUGCUUCAAGAUUCAGGUUAAUAUAGGGGUGUGAAAUCCACCACUGUACAAUGUGAUAAACAAGAAAUUGAAACUUUGCUGUUGUUGUUUAAUAGAAAUUUCCGCCAAAGAGCCAAAAGCACAGCGUGAAGAUGCGUCUGUUUGCAAAUCUGAACAGAGCCAAGGCUUUUAUCUGACUUUCUGAGUGUACUACUUGUCCCCCUCCCUUCACUUACCUCCUCACAAAACAUCAUAUUGAAGAGUUUCCAGCUGAGAGUUUAACUGAUUAACAACAGCAACAGCAGCAUUGGCAGCCGAAUAAUUACAUUCUCCACUCCAAAAUAAACAGCAGCAUGCGGUCACGCUGCGUGCACAGAAGUGUCUUGUUUUCUGAUCUGCGGUGCAGAAAACUCUGCAUUUAUUUUCAUUUGGCCUGUCUAUCAUCGUGACAUCUCUCUCCCCCGGGUUCACACCAACUUCCUGUGCUCCAGGCUCGGCUCUGUUUGUGUGUAUGAGCUUGUGUGUGUGUGUGUGUGUGUGUGUUUUUGUGCAUGCAUUUUAAUUCGUGUUGAUCUCCUCAUAUGCAUCCACGAUGGUUAGAAAGAGGCUGAGUUGAAUUGAGAGCAAGACUUUGUACAGUACGAUUGUGUAUGUGUUUACAGUACAGAUGUGUGCGUGUGCAUGUCUGUGUUCGUGUAUAUGAGCAGGCAAGAAAAGAAGAAGAAGAAAAGAGAGAGAGAGAUAGAGGCUGACAGAAGCAGGUUCGUUGAUGCAACAUUGACGUUCCCUUUGAAGUCGCUUUCCCUCCAUAUCAGAUUCCACCCAACAGAUGAUAAUCUAGCAAAGGCCUGUGGAGUGAAUCACCCACACUACACAAACACACACACACAAACACACACAAAGAGCUUCUACCCCUCAGCUGUCGCUCUCCCUUCAUGUGAUCCCUGUGUGCUUUAACACUGUAACCAUUAGACGCCAGAGGCAGAAAGCCAGCUCACACUUUGCCCCAUUAGCCUGUCAAUGCUAAUAUCAGUAGCCCACUCCACAUGUUGUCUCUGUUAUCCUGACCCCCUUUUAGGCAAAGUAGAGCAACACGUCUGCUGUUAACACACAACAAUGCAAAUGUAGCUGAACAUUUUACUAUCCAAAUCCAAUCCACCUUUAUUUGUGUGGCACAUUUGAAAAACAACAAGGUUACCGAAGUGCUGCACAACAGAUAAAGUAUAAAAAAAAUAAAGUAAAAGUUUGGUCUUUUGUCUGCUUUUUGGCAUGGUAAGACAGCUGAUCCGCAGAUUUUAAUGCUCUAGAAGGGGUGUAGACAUGUAUAAGGUCACUAAUAUACUGAGGUGCCAGACCAUUCAGUGACUUAAAAACAAUAAAAUCUUAGAAUUAUUUCUAAAAUGGACAGGGAGCCAGUGGAGGGAGGUGAAAAUGGGCGUGAUGGGAUCACAUUUACAAGUUCCUGUUAAAAGCGGGUGAGGGAGGCCUGGUUAAUGCCAGUGUAAAGUGCAUUACAGUAUUCAAAACGGGUCGAGAUAAAAGCAUGAAUCAAACACUCAAAACCAUUUAAAGAUACAACAGAUUUAAUUUUAGAUAAAAGCCCCAGAUGAUAAAAAAAAUGGUUUUAACUACUGAGUUUAUCUGUUUAUCUUAAGUCUAAAAUCACUCUCCAUUUUUACACCAAGGUUCAUGACGAUGGGUUUUACAUAUGGAUGCAGGGAGUACAGGUCAAAAGGGGAGACACCACAGUCUCGACACCAUGACCUCGGUUUUUUUUUCAUUAAAAUUUAAAACGUUUAAAAAAAUAAGUUACUAAUAGAAUGUUUGCAGUAGAUAUUGGAUCUAAAUGUUCAUACAGUGCAGCAGGGGCACAGUCUAUAUGUUAAGUCUACAGUGCUUAUGUACAUUGCUUUGAGCAUUGUUGUGUGUAUUAGAGCGAAGAUGAUGGUGAGCUGUGUUUGCAUUUUAGUGAAACGAGCAGCUGAGGGGAUGAUCAUAACGAACAAGCUUUUGAAAUUCAGACACAGGUUCACCCAGUGGCUGUUUUGAAUAUUAAUGCACCCGCUUUUCCUCUGUGCGCAUGAGAAUGUGAGCGUGUCUGUUUAAAAAGGGGGAGAGAAAUCUCAUUGAUUCAGACUCCUUUGAGGCGUUUGUAUUAUUGACCCUGCUUAAACUGUUAAAUCACACAUGAAUGAUCAUAGGCGAGAGGGGAGAGAGUGAAUACUUGGGGAAAUCAGAGGUCAGGCAAAUAUUUACCAGAGUGCACCCGUUAUGCUGAUUAGUAUCUAUGGUUAUUGUUCAUCACCAUGCAUAAGUAAUAAGCUCCAUCUGAGCUUUGCGUCCUUCUCUACAUAGUCAGUUCUUAACAAGCAUAAUUGAGGGGCGAGGGUCAGGGGUCUUCUCUCAGAGGUGAUUUGGUGAAGAAGAAACUCCCUGAGCAUAACAAUAAUAUUGACAUAUUGACACUGAAAUCUUUAUGCAUGGCUCCACUCCUUCCUCAUUAUUUGAUGAACCAGCUUCUAACCUGUGGCCGGGGAAGGGUUUCCACAUGGCCUCCUCUUCGACUUGUAUUUAACCUCCAGUUGACUUAUUCCACCUCAGCACCACAUAGAUCAGUGUUACAUAAUUGCUGGUAAUGAAGAGAAGCUUGUAACGACACUGUGUGAGUUUCUAAGAAAAUAUAUACGUCUUUGUUGGACUAGAGGGGAAAAAUAAACAGUUUCGUCAUGUACAAUCUGAGUUUAAACAGUAAGGGUUAGCAUGAAGGCAGUGACAAUAAACACAGGAGCAGGGAUAACAAUGGCAGAGAGUUUGGAAGACAAGCCGAUGAACCAGGUCUACAGUUAUUCACAUAUGAACCAUAGACUGUGUAUACUAUGGACAACUUGGCUCAGUCUUCAUUCAUUAUACAAAUUUGAAACUGAAUUGCUCUCGGUAUUUCCAGGAUGUUCUCCACUUGUGCAGUAGCGUUGUACACAUUCGGCAGGAGAGUUGCUGUGAUGACGCUCGGUUCAAACAGUGUAUCCCCCGGUGAGCUUCACCACCUUCGUACGCCCCCAGGCUGUACAGGGCUUGACACUAACUUUUUUCACAAGGAGCACAUGUGGUCCUAAGUUGACAUGGAAGCUGUUGAAGGAAAACAGCCUUUUAUGAGAACAUCAACCGGUAAUUUAUCCAUGGUCCCUUAUUCAACACCCGACAUUGACAGCGGGGGUGCUGAGGAGUAUGAACUGCGCUGCUGUUGCUAUUCCCGGUUAUGGAGAGUGAGAGGACUUCAGUAGAUCCACAGUUAAUGUCCGUCAGAUAUCCAAUCUUAAACUGACUUCACUGCGGUAUUUACAUGAAAAAGCAUUUGAUGCCUCAGCUGAUUUUUUUAUGCACACAUGACUCUAGAUACAUUUUACAAUUCGCACACAUCUAUUUUCAGUCGCAAAUGUGAGUGAAACGGUUGCACUGUCGAUACCUACUGUGUCAAGUGUCAAUCAUAGAAUACAUGAACCCCCUAAUAAUUUGUAAAUAUGGAGCUGCACAGAAAAAAGAGGACUUGAGCACCAACCAGUCUUACAAUAACUACAUGUCAACAUCCGAAUCGAGGGGAGAAAAAUUUAUAUUCUUUGUAAAUAAUUUCUAAAGUUUGUCCACAGCUCUAUAGGGAUUGCUGGAGGAGGCGGGAUUUAUGACCUAUAUUGCAGCCCGUCACCAGAGGGUGCUGUUCUCAUGGUGGCUUCACCCAGUUAAUUAAAAGCGAUCUGGAUACAAGAGUUCGACACAAACUUCUUACUUUUAAGAGAAAAAAAUGUUGGAAAAACCGAGCAAGAGCAGUGUUCAUGGUGUUGUUGUUCACCGAUCUACUGUCGCCUGAGCUGGCUCAAGAAAUUGUCACUCACCGGGGGCCUCUGAAACCCAGAAUUGACAGAGCAGUAACUAUGGUGACUCUGCCAUGUCUCUUGUUUACAACCCCAUGAAUCUGGAAGUUGCAAACGGCUUGAAGUCUGUGGUUUGCCCUUUGAAGGAAACUUCCAAAUAAAAAGCAUGGUGUAUAGUCAAGUUUAUUUCCAAUCAAGCUUGUGACACUCACACGAUCGAGUAUAUCAGCAGCUUUAUAUAGUUUGUCGUUCCAAUUAGUAAAGCUUUACUGAAGUAAAGGCACCUAAGUGUCUUUUCUUAAAUGACUGGAAAAUGAAACUUUAAUCAUUUUAAAAGGCAAGAUAGCUCUUAGUUAAGAUAUGUUCUUAGGUUUUAUUACUGCCUUAAGCUGACACUUUUAAAAGUACACAGCUUUAAUAGUUUGGAAGCAAACUCACAAACUGUUGGACCAUUACGCAGCCUUCUUUGUGACAUAAGUAAUCUAUCUAAAUGAUGUAUUUGCAGGAGCAGAUAGCUACAAUAAAUCACUGCUCUCACUCCAAGAUCAAGCAAACCUUUGUGACUUUUUAAAAAUGCCUUUGCAGUUUCUUACCGCAGUUCAGUUUUGUGAAGGACAAAAAUCCCUUUUGUCUGUCGUCUGUCUUUUGAGGAGCAGCUUGCAGAGCUGUGUUGAAAAGGAAACCAUUAAAUUAGACUCUCUUUGCAACCUUGCACUCUGAACUGAGAGCGAGAGAAAGUUGGCUCUGAUUAAAAAUUUUAAUCGUUACAGAGAUUUUUGAAUAUUUAGUAUUAGUUCGGAUAGUAUUUUUCGUACAAAUCUAUGAGUUUAGGUAUCAUCUGUCUGAACUCAAAGAAAAAUGUUUAUACAGAACAGUAACGCCUGAGCACCUCUGAGGGAUAUGGAUGAAAAUAUCUUAUACAUAUUGCAUGAAUAUAUAUCCUGCAAUAAAUAACGACAGAGAUGCAGAACAGAACGGGGGUAGACAACAUCAGCAGAGACUUAAGAUAAGCUUUGCCUGUCCAAAUCCAAAGCAGACUAAACAGAUUGUUCUGCUCUCAGCAACUUCCAUAUAAAGCCACACAUGCUUGACUGUCCUCCCUUACUGAGGUGAUGUAGUUAGAAAGCAGAUGUGAGUGACAGCGCAGAUGCUCAGGGAGUGGACGAAGGGUUAAACGUCGAUGUCAGACUCACGCUGUUGAUUACAGAGCAGAGGUGCAGCAGAGCCUCUGUCACUUUGGCUAAGCUGUGCAACAGAGAGAGAAAAGCUUUUAUCACCAGAUAAAAGGAGCAUGUCAAGGUAACAGCUUUAAUGCAUCUACAGAGACAACGAGAACUGGCAAGUCAGAGGGCUGGAGGAUCAGCUGGACACACGAACUCUGGAUUAGCCAAAGGAUUCUUGCUUUUUUCCACAAAGAAUACCUUUCUUUUCAUUUGUUGCUUUCUGUGACAGUCAAAUCUGCACUUCUUUCCCUCUCUUUUUGGUAUUUUACGGAAAAACUUUUGAAAGUUUUUCGCUGCUUAACACUCCACCAUGUUCACCAAAUAGCGUACUCACUCUUUGUGCUUAUUGAUGCUGAGCACGUCUAGUACUUUGGGAUUUAGGAGCUUAGUCACCAAAAACAACUGCCUGCUGCAGCAAGAAAACAACUCGAUGACGAUGAGAGUGAACUAAAGCAGUGAGGUAGAGGGUCAGGCAGCCAUACAAAGAGCUGAAACCAUUUCUAAAGCAAUACAUCAUGAGCUGUGAGGUAAGACUGUGUGGACCUUUGAGUCGUCACAUUUUGCCUCACUGACCUUUUCUAUUUCUAACUCUAAGGCCUGUUUUGCUCUGAGAGGACCCCAGUCGACCUCUUCAAAGCCUAACAGCCCUUAAGCCAGUGGUACUCUCUUAUGUAAACCUUAGAGAUUUAUUUACAACUUAAAAGUUUCAAACUUACACAGCUCUGUUUCCACUCUGGUAGGAAUUAAGUUACAUUUCCUCAAUGGCCAUACAGAAGAGGACGAGGGCCAGGGAUGAGGAAAGAAAUAGUGAAGGGGGACGAUAUUUCCUCAAUACAGUGCAAGGAAAAAAAUCAUAAUGUUAAAAUUUUGAGAAUAAAGUUGAAGAAAAUUUUAAUGAAGUUGAAAUGUUGAAAAAAAAAGUUGAAAUUUAAUUUGAGGACGAAUGGUUGCGGCGUCUGCAACAUCACAAAAUCGUGCAAAGCUGUUUUGAGGUUGAAGCACUUCUUCUCUUUUCUCUCCUGUUCUUUGUGCCGGUUUAUUUGCUAGCUAAUGCAAUCUGAAAACACAAGGUAAACGUGCAAGAAUGUCUAACAGUAAAUGGGAUAAAACUGGUUGUUCCAACACAUAAAACAAAAGCUGCCAUAAUUCGUCUCCUUGUUGCUUUGACUCUGAUCGUCUCCUCCAAUCUGAGCAGCUAAUAAUAAUGGUACCUGCAGUGACUUGGAUCAACUGAGGGAGAAAAACUUGGUGAUCAUUAACGUCUUAACGAUGUGUCAUAAUGGGCCUAUUUGUAACAUUAUGUAUACAUACUUUGCUUAUUAUUGCUGGUUAUGAAGUUCAACUCACAUUAGUGUUAAAUAAAUUGGUAAAAGGCCAAUUUUCAGAGAUUAAUUGUUAGCUACUUGCUAUUUUCAGGGGACUUUAUAGUUAAGUUUUCCAGCAGAAGUCUAAGAAAGUAAGUGAUUCCACCAACUUUAGCUUUUAAUCUUUUCUUCUCUUUUUCAUCAGAUGAAUAUCAGAAAAUAAAAGAGGAUGAACGUGUUUGAAGACUUGUUCAAACAGCCAACACUGCCUGGUAGCAUACUGAAAAUCCUCACCAUUAAUAUUUGUAGAUGAGCUCAAUAAGGACAACAUGCUGGCCACUUUUUGUGUGUAAAUAUGCAACAUGAGUUUUGACCUUUUAAUCCUCACUUAAAAUUCAUUUGUCCUCCUUUCCGCCUUGCAGAAAUACACACUGCCAUUUUAAGAAAGUGCAAAAAUAAGAAAGAAAAAAAACAGGCUUCAUGUUAGAUAUCUUACAUUGACAUGACUGUAUGAAUGCAUAUCUGAGGAUUUAAAGAGCACAUAACACAUAUGAUCAUUAUGUUGAGAGAAAUUACCCCUUAAGCAAUAACCCAUGAGUCACAACAGGCUCAAGAUAACUGUAAUUCCUGAUUCGUCAUAUAUUAUAAUGGUUUACUAUAAUCCCUGGAUUCUACAAUGACUAAUAAUCCAAAGAGACGAUAAUCAUGUUUACAUAUUAUCAGUGAGAAACAGCAGGUGUCUGCUAUAUUUUAUUCUGAUACUAAAAAAAUAAAUUCCAUACAGAGAAAUCAGCUCAAUGAACCUGUUUUAGUCAAGACUUCACAGCUUUUUUGCUCAAACUUAAAAUAUUACAGCUUAAAGUUGAACUCGCUGCCGUUAGGGAGCAUUUCAGGGCAUUAGAGGAAGUUAUUAUUCAUAGAGGAACCGCCAAUUUUAUGCAAAGCGAGUUAAGUUCACUCUCUGUAGGUCAAAAGCAGGACAGCCUCAUUAAUGAGGUGCAAUCCCGCCACAAUGGCCAGUCAACCAACACGUCCAAUAAUGAUUGCUGGAACGCUGCACAAACGCUUCCUUGCAUUUUAAGGGUUUUUCUAACAGGCCGUAUAAACCCAGCUGCCAAAACACCAUUAGCAUUUGGAUUUGGAGCAGUAUGAAGUAUUACCAGUUCUUUUCUGAGGUAUUCUUGGCGGUACAACAUGAGGUUGUCUGACCGCUGCCCUGGCCGACCUCUGGGACCGUGAGGUGUAUAAAAUCCUUUCCAGGUCUCUGCGGUUUUAUCUGUCAUGGCUAUUUCUGGGCCGGGUUGCAUGGGGUUUCGGUGUGGAGUGUUAAACCUCUUAAGACAGACUGAGGUUCAGGAAGGUUAUCUGAGGGGAAACUCACAUCAUCCUCAGUGGUUCUGGUGUGCCACUUUAGGAACCUCUCUUUCUUUUUCAGCUUUACCUCGACAGUUUUAGGCUAAUUCUUUGAUAGUUUGUUGAAUUGGUUGGUCAUGUUUCUUUUACACUACAAGGUUAACUUUACUGGCAGUAGCAGGACUGUUUACUUUGCAGUCACUCGUUUGGGUACAAGAGUAUUCAGAUUUUUCUUUGACCAGCUAUCCUUUUGGUGGUUCUCUCGCUAAUCAGAGCUGUAUUUGCUUGAACAUUGAAACAAUCAGUUCACACAAUACAGUAAAGUACAGUAGAUAAGAUAUUAUAUGGUCUAGCAUGGUAUGGUUCGAUACCACACACAAGAAGUCCCCACAACAAUAACAUCAUAUCUAUUCACUGCACAUUGGUUUGUUUCCCUGGAGAUGAAACUGGAUAAAUUGCACUUAUAGAAUUACAGAACAGCUGCAAAACAACUGUUUUUUAAUAAAAGACAAUUAAAUAUUAAUACGCAUUUUAUUGCUCAAAUAAACAUAAUCAACUUGUAAGUAAAUCUGUUUAUAUUUUUGGUGUGAACUGAAAAACAUGAACUUUUUUAUGUUCAGGAACUACAACUUGAUCUUUUUCAGUUAGCUUCCAUUUCUCUUCAGUUUAUCGUCUGUCAUAUAUGAACUCUGGUCUCGCUCUAAGGAAGCAGAUAGGCAUACUCUUACUUUUCUAUGAAGUAGGAAAUCAUUAUAACACACUGUAGGACUUAAUGGGCCAAUGGAGUCCACCAAUUACAGGUGAAUGAAACUGUAAUUGGAGUGGAGAGCAUCCUACAUCUUUCCUCUCAACUGGUGUCACUUUUUCUCUCCUCAUUGAUUUUGGUUUUUUAAAGUGAUGUCUUUCUUCUAAUGAUAAUAUGAAGCUGUCAGUUUCCAUUUCAGCCAAUUAACUGCCUACUGACGUUACUUUCAUUCAUAUUUUUUACGCCCACACUUUGGGUCAUGAAGCAAUGACCUGGUGAGUCAAAUUGGCAGGGAAAUCUCUUCAGAGCGCCAUCUCAUUCAAUUAAAACAUCAAUAUGUAGCCUCAGGGUUUUAUGCUUUUAAAAAGGCGAAAGAGCGAUCAAGAAAGAAAAGAUAAAAACAAACAGGAAAAACAGAUUUUAUUACAGGAUAUAUCACAUGACUGUUCACAGGACGAAGUAAUUCACAAGAGUUUUAGAAAACGAAACUUUUGUCAGGUUACAUCACAGGGUUUUACUGGGUCAAAUCCAAUUUAAGGGGGAAAAAAAUGUCCAAUUUUAUUAAUUAAAUUGCCAAGUGAAUUUUUUCCAAAAUGAUUAAAAAUAUAUAAUAAUUUUUUUUAAAAUCCAUUUUUAUCAAUAAAAUUGCCAAGUGACAUUUUUCCAAAAUGAUUAAAAAAUAAUAAUAAAAUAAAAAAUAUCCAAUUUUUAUUAAUUAAAUUGCCAAGUGAUUUUUUUCCAAAAUGCUAAAAAAUAAAACAAAAUAAUAAAAAUAACAAUAUCCAAUUUUUAUUCAUUAAAUUGCCAAGUGAGUUUUUUCAUAAUGAUAAAAAAAAGAAAUAGAUAAUUAAAAAUAUAUAUAUAAAAUCAUUGUUCUUAUUCAGACUGUGCAUAAUGUAGAUGUAGCCACUCAGGUCAAUGCUUUGAUGCCACGAGUUUUGGAUGUCAGCCGCUGCGCUCUCAUCUCUUGGACACCAGAGUGGCAGUUCUCUGUCAAGGGGGCGGAUAUCCACAAGAUCAAGUUCAGUGGCUCAAAUUAGCCGAGCCAACGCCAGCAGACAGCUAGCGUCACACCUGUCACUCAAGGAGGAGAUGCCUUCAAUUAUUCAUAGCUUUAAGCCUCAAUUAUUUAAUAGAGUCACUUAUGUAAAAGUUAACCCCCCCUUGCUAUUUUCAUUAACAGGGAAAUAGGCUAAUAAGACCCAAACCUUUAAAGAACCUAAAGUGCUUUAAAAAUGUUGAUUUCUGUUGUUUUAUUCAAACUUAAAAAACAGGGAGAAAUACGUUUCUUAAGGUGCUUAAAAAACUUAAACUUAAAAAACAGGGAGAAAUACGUUUCUUAAGGUGCUAGCAUCAUGUUGCAGCAGUUUUGGGUUCACAUUCAGGCCUUGGAGUUUGCUACUUGGUGUGCUGGUUUUAAGUACCAUGAGAUAACAGCAGGAUUAGACAUAAUGUUUGAUUUUUAAGGAGAGAUCUUUUUUUUUGUUGUUGUGUUGUUAUGUAUCCGUACAACCAUGGUGGUCCACAUAAACUAUUAAAAACACGCCAUGAGGGAAAGAAGAAAGAUUACCAAGCCGCUCUGUUUGAGCUGCAGUUUUGUCAUGCAUUACUGUCCCAUGUCAUAUUAUUCUUUUUCUUCAUUUUUAAAAUUCCCACCAGGCUACUUGUCUGCUGGUGGAGAGCUAUUUUAAACCCAGGGGUCAGGCGGAUGAUGAAGGGAAACAUUUCCAAGAGAAACCGACCGAGCCCAGAGUGGGGUGUUAAAGCAAAUCCAAACAAACAGAGCGGCCUUGUGUCUGGGAGAUACAGCCUUGUCUGUCUGCAUAACAGACACCGAACUGUCCACGAGAUAUGUCUCCCAAACCCUGGAGCCAAAACAAGUCCAGCUUUUUCUGUGUGAGUCACAGGCCCACUACCAAAGGAAACUGGAUCUGAGAGCUGGAGCGUUGAUGCGCUGACAGAUGAGGCCUCUGUGUAGCCUGGAGGAAAAAGAAAAACCUUGUUGGAUCGGCAAGUGUUGAGAGCUGCUGUGGAAAGAGUCCUGGAAGGUUCCUGUGGUUUUGAAAGUGACAUCAGUGCCUGAGCUUCUGUAUCCCUCUGACAUCCAGGAUUCAGGCCCAACAACACCCAAUUCUUUGAGUUGUUCGAUCAAAGCAAAACUCUGGAUAGUUGAGAUGCUUCUCAGUUACAGCGGGCCCAAAUCAAAAGUUGCAGAUCAAGCAGAAUUGUCUUUCAUUAUCUAGCUUUUGAGGAGUCUGUGAUUUUAUUUUCUUAUUCAAGUAAAUAAUUUCCAGAGUAUGGAUGAAGGGAUUCAGGCACAUACUUGUAGUACCUCAGCCAGGAAUGUUGUUUUUCUCAGCGUUUACUUGUCUGAUCAAUUUGCUGGAUAGCUGAAAAUCUCAAAGUUUUUGUUAAACUUGGUGAGAAGAUGUAGCAUGGGCCAAGGAGGGAUUCAUUACAUCUUGGAACCGGUCUUAAGUUGGCUCGAUAGCUUGUCAUAAAAAAAUGAGACAAAUCGAGAGUGAUGUCCAAGACAAAUGGCAAGAAGUCUGCAAGUUUUUAUGUUUUGUUUCAGACCCAAGAAGGGGCGAGUAGCCACACUAUGUAGUGUCAAUAAAAAAACUGAACUUAAAAGGUCCAGAACAGCCACACAAGUAAACUUUUUGAAUAGUUUUUAGUUUUCCGUCAACUAAUUAAUUGAUCACAACUAAUAACUUCAGUGCUGACCUCAAGGGAGAUCAGAGCUACACACUGAAGUUUUCUGGAAAGGUACACGCAGCUUUAAAUCACAUUUUAUCAUUCAGUCUGCAUCACAUGGACACAAGUCUGUCUGGUCUGCAUUAUAUCAGAUGAUGAGUCACAGGAAGAUUAUAAUCUCCCAGCUGAUUUUGAGGCCUUGAUUGUGAAAUGAAUUCAACUUGUUAGGCUCCAGCAGCUGUCUCAUUAGCCGUCUCUCCUUCACUGCGUGCAUAUUUGUACUGACUGAGAAAAGCAUUUCCCCCUUCAAAAGUCAUUUGGUUAGGAACAGACUUUGUAAGGUACUGGAUCAUGCUGUUCAGUGGGGAGUUUUGAUUUGUAAUAAUAAUCUAUUUUACUCUUUUUAUAUAUGGCUGAUGCUUUUAAAGUAGUAGAACAUUGUUUUACCACCUCAAAAUAUGAUGUCAAGCUCUUACGGAGAUUUGACUUAGCUGUGGUUGUCAGGAGUUAUGGCGGCUACUCUGACCACCAGUUACUGCCACGGCCUGCUUCUGUUCAUCCUUUUUGUGCUCAAUAGGCUAAAUCAUCAGUAAAAAAAUCUUUCAAGCAGGCAGUGUUUUUUUAACAGAGAUGAACUGUUUCUUGCUCAUAUUAAACUUGUAGAGAAGACAGCACCAACUUACCUGAUUGCUGAGCUCUGCUGCACUUUCAUCGUACACCCACUCUAACACAAGGAGAAAGCGGCGCUCUUUCAUGAGUGUCUGCAGCUCUGCUCUGACCAGAAUGCAGUCUAGUUGUUGAUAGUCACAAAUCACUCCAUUAGCACCAUGUUUUAUUUUUUUUACCUGCCAUCAGAACUGCCUGAUUUUUCAUGAUGUGGAAGCCAUUGCUUACUAUAUGUGUGGAACAUAUCUACGAUUCUUAUGACCAUGGCUGAAAUUUUGAUGACACAUGUGAUGUAAAUGAAACCUCCUAUAAAUGUGACGUUAUGGAGGGAAAAUUAAUGCUGCCCUACUGUAAACUUACACCGGCAAAUUGCGAUGUUCACAGACUCACUCUUACGAGCAACUUGCAAAACACGAGUUCGGCAGGCAUGGAAUGACUGACAGCAGACAUAGCUAAUCACACUCAAAAAGCGGCCCUGCAGCAGAACCAAUCAAGGACUUUAUGGGCGGUCCAAACCGAGGGAAACGAGUUUUCGACUUGAGCAGCCGUUUGGUCCUAGUGCCUGACAUGUAGCGGUUUGUUAUAGCGUAAAGCAGGCAUCUCCAAACUCUUUCACAGAGGACCGGUGUGGCUGCAGGUUUUUCUUCCAACCAAGCAGCAGCACCCAUGACUUGAUUCAUUAGCUGAUCUCAGUCUUCAGACAGCUGAUUGGUCAGACUGUGUGCUCUUGAUUGGUUAGAAGAAAAACCUGCAGCCACACCGGCCUUUUGUGGAAUAGUUUGGAGAUGCCUGGCAUAAAGUAACAUUGUUUUCAGACGGUUCAAACUGCAGGGGACCAAAACGGGCUUUUAAAAAAGUGUCCCCCAAAUCCCCCCACAAAAUUCGUCUGUGCCUACAACCCAGAAUACACUUGUCCAUGGCCAUUUUUAUUGUGUGGAAAACCUUUAAAACAGAUGUAAAAACCUACCUCAUUUUAGAUCAUCAUUUAGAUCUAUCGGCCUAACCAGACAACAAAUCAGUAUAAAACUGUCUGAAUUUAAUUGGGAUCAGACGCAUCGGCCAGAGGGAAAUUAAACUUGAACUUUCACAUUCGUCUGGUUUCCUUCCUUUGAUGAUUUUGCCUUCUGCAGAAUCUGCACUGGAGUGAUACUGACAUUUAAUUCAUGACCACAGCUCUCUCUAUUCACAGAUUAAAGUUAAUCAGAGUUUUUAUUCUCUCCUUCAGUCUGCAGAGAUUUCCAGACAGAUACUUACAUAACUCUCCAGUCUGCCUUCAUGCAACAAAUUGCUGAUGAGUGAAAGCUGUGAGACGGUGAAGGAGGCAGAAAGGUAUCCGUCAGAACGACAGCUCUCAGCAGGUAGAGAUACAACAAGCCAGCAGCAGAUGUUUGAUUGAUCGCAUCCUUCCUCUCAUCUUCUGCUUGUGUCAGGCUAACAAACCAUUACCCAGUCAGGGGCACAAACAGACCACCCAAGCAGCUAGGUGGAUCCACACACACACCGCCCAAUAUGAGCCCCACUAUACUUCCAUUUCGGCUGUGUGGCAACCCUGCUGUGUCACCCUGCCUUUAGAUCAACAGUGUUCAUUUCCUGUGCUCUACAUGUUACGUUCUACCCAGUAUCUUCAGUGACGUUAACGUCUCCGUAGCAACAUCAAGCCACCAGACCAUAACACGUUCUUGCCUCCGAGCUUUAUUUAGAAAAUUAGAGCCUGAAGAUUAUUCCAGUGGCUGAUCGUGUAAACCACAGACAAACCUCCGCCCAUCACUCAAAUUUAUGCCCAGUUCUGCUGCUUUGAGCUCUCGGUGAUACGGCUCAAAUGGAUAUUCAGUUUUUAUUACCCUGACAGUGCCUCAUCAGUGUGAAAUGGAAAGACACCCUCUUUGUUUCACAGUAAGACAUAAAAAUCCAGAUAGUGGAGACAUUUCUCUCGGUUUGUUUGUUCCAAAGUCAGUCACAGAUAUCUCUUUUGUUUGCUCUUUGAUGGAGCAAUGUUUAAGUGUUUGGAUAGCUCACAAUCUCCUGAAAAUAAAGACCCGUAAAUCAUCUUGUCUUCCUCUCUUGACUCACCAGGUUUUAUCAUAAAAUCAUGAGUCAACGGGGAGCUUUUGCAAAAGCUUGCAGGGCAAUAAAACUAAACUUGAUGUUCAUGGGAUUGCAUUUCCUGCUUACAGCCUGUCUGUAUUAAAUACAACAAAUCAAAAUUGGAUCAGCAUCAUGCAGCCCGGCAUUAAAUCUGGUUGGAGCCUGGAGGUUAAAGCUGACACUGAAGGCCCAUAACAGUCAACACAGAAUGUAUUUUUUUUACAAGAACGAUAUAAAACCAAGAGAAAUAAAUCAGAACACUUACGGGAACUUUAAACAGUAAAUAAUUUUCCAGUGAUAUUUACAGUUUGUCGAAUUGCUUUUGACCUUGAGUCAAGUUGUUUUGUGAGCUCAUAUUAACUCCAGCUGUGGAAAACAUGGUCUUUGUUAGAGUGGGUCACUCGCAGAGUUGAAAUUUCUUCCCUUUUAAUUUAAAGUCUCAGUUCAGUUUGAGUUUGAAUUAUAACGUUAUUUUAUUGUGAACAUUUGUCACUGGGACAGGCUGAAGUUCACUCAUCUGGUCCUCUGGAUCAAUCUCAUAGCCAAAAAAAUCACUUGGCAGAGUAGGUUACCUCAUGGGGGAGUGAGGCUACUCCACUUUUAAUAAUGCUGUUUUUUAGUUUGGUGUUUGUCUCAUGAGAACCUUUCUCUCUUGUUGCUGUAUAUAGCCAGACCUAGGGCAGGGCGAUAUGGCCUCAAAUCAAUAUCACGAUAUAUUGAGCAGUUUCCCUGUCUUUCCCUCUAUGGGGUGGAGUCAUGUCUCCCUACACACAUCCAAAACCAAAUCUUAUUUUAUUGUUUUGACACUUAACUGAUAUGUGCAAAAUGACGUUGGGUAUUGACGUAAAUUUCAGUAUCUGUAAAUUUUCAGUUUAUCGCCCAGUCCUAGCCAGACCCCAAUGAGUUCGACUUGAUGAGGAGCAUAAUCUGAGUUUGUGCGCUGAGUGCUUUGAGUUAAACUUGUCCUCAGAAUGAACAUAAACUCUAAGUUAAAGAUCUGUAAACAUAACAGAAGGAGAGAGCUGUUUUAGCUCAAUAAAUCACAAAAGUAUUAAUACAGCAAUAUGAAUAUGUGCAGGAAGCAUAUGUCAACAUCUUAGUUACAAUUGAUUAGAAAAUUAUGAAUAUAUAAUACAACCAGUGUUAUCUCAGUCAGCAUGUAUAUUUUCUUGUUAGAAUGGGGCCUGGGUAUGGUGGCCAUGUUUUUAGCACUAUUUUGAUGCAGCCAGAUGAAGCUUUAGCCAGCUGUCAGCAAACCUCAGAUCAGUUGGUGAAGAAAAAAGUGCUUUUUGAAUGUGAGGGAGCCCAAGUGCCAGAUUUGCUGGUAAAAGGCUGAAAAUGAAAAUAGGCUAAAAUUAAGAGACCAGUUGUUUUGUGUUAGAAUAAAAAGGCUAAAAGUCACAAAUCAUGAAAGUAUGAAGGAGGAUAAGGGCCACAAGGAAAGUAAAAAAUAAUUACAAGAAGGACAUUUUUUUAAAUUUCCAUUUCAAGAUUAAAGUCAGAAUUUUGAGAUUAAAACCAAAAUUUGAAAAAGUUGAAAUAUCGACUUUAUUCAUGUCAACUGUAAUCACAAAAAUUCAACAUUAUUCACGACAUUUCGACAUUUUGUAAUCUCGAAAUUUCGACUUCAAACUCCUUUCUGUAAGUAUUACUUUUUUUCUCUUCAUGUGACCCUAAUCCUCUUUUGUAUGAAAGAGAAGAUUGUAAAUUGUUCAUCAAGUUUCAGCAAAAUAAGCCAGAGCCAAAUUAUUCAAUGUCUUCCUGCUCAAACUGAUUGUGAACAUGUUUGAAGGCUGUUUGAAUAGCAGAAAAUCGAUAACAACUGUCUCUUGAAAUUUCUUUUUUCUUUAAGCUUAUCAUGAAAACCAUUAGUGAUGAACCAUGUGAAUAUAAAGACCUGGUUAGAGGCUGCCAAAGUCAUGGACCUGACUGUAACAUCCAAAACUCCUCCUCAAACAUGCUCUAACGGUCUCUGGUUGAGGUUUACCAACAACCAAACUUCCCACAAAAGCUCCCUUCAUGGGCUCAGAUCCUAGUUAUGAAUAAUUACUGAUACUCCUGCUCUUUGGGAACCACCCAACACUGAGCACCUAUCCAACACCAGUGUUAAAUAAUUGAGUUAUAUGCGUCAGUGUGUGCAGGAUCAUACUUUGAUGUGUAAGGCAACUUCAGGCUUUCCUUUCAUGUUACUUUUUUUUUUACUCUUGACAACAAGUGCAACCCCCUCUUAGAUAUUGCAGAUAACCUUUGAGCUUCUUGCAAGCACAUAACAUCUGCAAACAGCUGACUCUCGCCAUCUCCAUUUGUCUUAUGAGUAAAAAACAGUUGCCUGGCAUGCUGCUGGUACAUGACUGAGUAUCUAGACGAUAAAUUAAUCAGUUUGAUUGUCACAGAUAAUCAACCCUCCUAUCUGACUCAAUUUUGGACCAAUAUCUAAAGGCAGAAUGAGAUCAGUUUAUCUCUAAUCAUAAUGGAGCACUGUAGGGCUUCAGAGUGAAGCUUUAAUGUCAUUCAAAGUGAAUAAAAUCAGCUUUAUUAAGAUGACAGUCAAAGGGAGCAUCACUUUAACACAGAGCUUGUUGCAGCUGAAUACUGAUCAGUAUUUGGAUGCAAGCCCAUCAGCAGACCCAGAUAUGAAAUGCAAUCACUUAGCCAGUGUGCUCUCAGUUACUGUGUGAAGUGGGAGUCUCAUCUCUAAACUGUACUUCACUCUGGAUGCUCAUGAACUGCUGUGUUUUACUGUGAUUGAUUAUGCACAUUAACACGGAUUAAGGGGCCGGCGUAGCAACAGAGAGUGUAUUUGUGAGCUCUGAGGAAAACACAAACCUAAUAAUGAGGCACAGCGGCUGCAUAAAUAUCCAAUAAAUAUCCACCUACAGUAUUAUAACCCAUUUAGGAAAAAAAAGGGUUAUGCGAGUGCUCGAAAUGACAGACUUAAACAUUUCAACUAAAAAUAACUCUUUACUGUAGAGAGAAAGGGGGGGUUAUAUUGUGAAGUGCAGGCUCUGAAAAACUUGAAACACUCAUUUUCGAGGCUCGGCAGGCCAAAGUAAAAAUAAAAUAAAUAUCUCCAGGAUGCUUGAUAAUGUGUUUCAGACUUUAGAGUGAAUAUCUAAACUAAAAUAAGACACAGGGAAGAAUGCAGCGUAGUCGUGUGUAAUCUUCAAAUAGCCCCAAAUCUUCUAUCCCACUCCCUCUCAUCAAAAUAUCUGACAGAUUUGGGUCUCCUGCUGCGUUGUACUGAAAAGUGUGCAGCUACAUUCACAGCGGUCGCAGCAGUAAUUGGUCACUUAAUGUUUCCUUCUUCUCUUAAGGCAACAGAGGGUAAAAUACAGGCAAAUAAACCGACUCUGGGAGCUUUCAAUCACCCUAGAAGUCUGUCAAUUUUUUACAUAUUCCUAGCAUUACUUAACAUUGACUCUGAGAGUGGGUACAGUAUAAGAAGGCUGUUAUAUCUCUAUGUAUAUUUUAAUAUGAUCUUAGACAUCAGCAGCAAGUAGCUAGACCCUCCAUCUGCGUUGCAUGCCUGUUCAGCCGAGUUCUAUUUUCAGUCGCAGUUGGAGCUGUGCACUGUGUACUAUGGCGUGUGUGCCUGUCUGCGUGCACGUCUGUGUAUUUACAGUAUAUGUUCUGCUUCACUACCAUCCGGCUCAUUACACAAACCUCUCACACUUGCUCUGUCUUUGCAAACAAGCCCAGCGCUGUGACGAAGUGAACCUUGCCCUUUUAUAGCAAGCACAGCGCAGGGAGCGGUGUGAUGAUGAUGUGGCUUUUCUGUGCUGUGUGGGGGAAACAAGGGAGGAAAAAAAAAACAUGGAGAUAAAAACCUUUUGAUAGAGACCACAGCAGCUGAAAGGAAAAGGAGCUUGCAAUGAUGGGAAUCCCUCAUCGUAUACUGCACAUGUUGUCAUCUGGCAGCACACUGAAGCUCUCACCAGGAGUAAAAAGACUGGGGGAAAAAAAAAAACAUAUAAAAUGCCACUCUAACAAGCCUCAUGGGACCUCAGCUGCCUGGUUUUCUGAAGAGGGAACAGCUUGCCUGAUCUGAAACCCCUUUAAAAAGACUCCAACAGAAACAGCAUGCUGUGCUUUUCCCUACAUAUUCUGUCCACACGGUCCAUAGCAACAGCUUUAAAUAUGAGUUUGGUCGUGUGCAACCAUUAGCCAAGUGCUGCCAGGGCUGUAAAAAAGAAAAACACAGUAACAAAGAGGAGAUGGAGCAGCUAUUGAAAGGGGGAAAGGAGUCUCCAAGGUGCUCACACAACUUUAGUUUCUAUCCAUUCAUUUGUUUAUCCAUGAAGGCUCAAUUAAACAAUGCAAUGCCAUGCUUGACUUCACACUCACGCAGUUAAAUAUCAUAUUUAUAACCAACCGGGGGGGCUCUGUUUAUAAUAUAUUCCCUCCUACUUGUUCAGGUAUUCAGAAAUAUAGAGAAGAGGUUAUCAUGGGUCAAAAGUGAGCUCACUCUAAUCAGGUCAGGUAAAGCCUGUAGUACCGCUGAAGGUCUUUGUGUGUCAAUAUGUUUAAUACUCGUGUGUAUUCAAGCGGACACACAAUCAGAAUCAUCACAGGAGAAAAUGUGUCCUGACAUGAGGUGGUCCACUGUGACCUCAUCUGUUCAGACAAAUUACAUCUAAUGCCAGCGGCUGCUCGUCGACCUAUGGUGUAUCCUGAGGCCUGCCCACCUUACUGAGGAGGAUUCAGGCAGAUUAUGGUAACAAUCUGAAUCUACAAAAAAAUCGCAGAGUCACUUCCAAUAUGGUACGUAUCUGAACAUCUAUCUUCUGCUCGAAUAAUCUUGUGAUGUGAGGGGCUCUGGUGGAGGAGAGUCUACCAGAUUCUCUCUAAAAACAUGAAUGCAAAACCAGUAACUCAAAAUCCGGACUUAUUUUCACCUCCGCACCUCCGAACCCAUGUUCAUUUUUCAUAUUUUGUGAGUCUGUGUGAAACAAUUUGUCAACAGCCAGCUUUCAUGCUUGAUUUGUCAUAAAUCGCUUUUUAUUCUACAAGUUUCAAGAAGAUUUCGAGCGUCUCUCAUAGCUCGUCUAAAAGCAAAUUAUUCCAGGCGCUGUGAGGUGUUUACACAGGUUGACUGACUGAAUCUGACAGUGUAGUCUCUUUGUGACCUUCAAAAGCAAACAAGACCACCAGCAACAGGACUGAUUAUCCCUCUGUUAUGCUUUUAACAUUUUAAACCACCAUGAGGUUGUAGGUUUCAGACCAGAUGACUGAUGACAAGCAGAAAAAACAGCCUCUAAAAAAUGUGAGAGAUACACGUCACUGUUAAAAGACAAGAAGAAAGGGCUGCUCGGUCAUGCCAAAACUCACCAUCAUGACUGUUUUAUUAAUAACUAAGAUCACAAAUAUUAAACACAGCAGCUCAUGAAUUGACAUCUGCAUUACUUACAUAUAACAUAACUUUAAACUCUUACAAACUGAGAGACUACAAAAAAGAGAGAAUAGAGACCAUCUUUCUAUUCUUUAUUUCCCCAGGAGCUUUGGCUUCUUACAAUAAUACUCUCUUCGCUGAAGGGCAGACCUUCACUUGGAGAAGAGUAGGAAUUUUACAUUGUGCUAUUAAAUCAUAAUGACCUGAGCUCUUCCUCCACUUAUACUGAAGCAGAUCCAAUGUACCAGUCAGCUUUUUCCAGCCUGCACCAUUAUAACAUCAAGAAUAAGAUUAUAUUUAUUUUGAAAUGUGCCAAUGUCACUGUAUAGCCUGAACAAAUGUGAGCACAUUUAUGCUCGUUCAUGCCUGUGAUCGCUACAGCCUUUUUUCCAUCAUGUUCUGUACUUUGGCUUUCAGACACUCGCAUGAUGUGGUUGUAGGGAGCUAAAACUGUAAUUGAAAUAGAAACCUCCAAGAGGACGAGGUUUGUGUCUGUAAACACUACCUGUGUAUGUCCAGAGGGGGCGCCAGAACAAACACAACUGAAAGUUCCUCAAAGCAGCUUUAGUAGCUCAAUCUGAUGGGUUAGACCCUUUUCACACUUUUGUUUAACAGAGACCCACCAUUACCCCUUCUUUGUACUUUCAAACCAAAAGUAACUUGGUAUUUGUGUGCCAAAUACCAACACGGAUGAGGAUUUGAAAACUGACAUACUAAAAUCACGUUGUAUGUCAUUAUAAUGUCAAACCUCUACUUCAAUUCUGGUUUUGACUCAAAUUCUGCAGUAACUUUCCGUGGGAAUCAUGUCAACCUGUGAGUUGAUUCUUCCACCAGGUUGUGUGUGUCUGUUGACAUCAAUGUCUGAUCACAUCUUGAAUCAUAUUGCCUAACUAAAAGUUUUUAAUCUUCAUCCAAAUGGAAAUUUCUCUUUACCGCACUUGGCGCAAUGAGCUCGCCAAACAGCUUGUAAAUAGUUGGAGAAACAAUGAAAUGCAUUUAACAGUGAUGAUGCAAUAAAAUGCUGGAUAUAAUCCACUACUGCAUUGUUUUCAACAUCAUAAAAGAAACCCGCUGAUGUAGUUUUCUAUACUUGUUGCUCCUCAUAUGUGGUUUCCAUCCAGCUGUCAGCUGCUGUCGGCUGCUCAAUAAUUUAGGUCUUUGGAUCUGUAAUACUUUCCACAGACAGGAUGUUUUUGACUUUCUCUGUGAAAACUUGCAGUGAAAGCUCUCAGUAGUGUUGGGGUCAUUUCAAAAGAAGAUUCUGGUUCUACAGUGGAAAUUGAAGUUAUGUCAUAAAUCAUCGGAGUGAGGAUUUUACGGUUUCGAGGAACGAAUACAUCGUCCAAAUGGCUUAAACAUCCUACAUCGUGUAAAUCUCAUCCAGACAGCCACAGCUUUGGUGUCUUUCAUUACAGCCUUUAAAUUAUGAUCCACAUUCCCCUAACACAUGUGGCUGACAUUGAACUGCCUCAAAGUCACAUUCAGCUACAAAGUGUUAUACACAUAAUUAACUUUGUAAAGCCUCUGCCAAAUGUAAAUGGUUCACCGAUGGAGCUUGUAAUAAAUUACCAUAAACUCCACCUUUUACCUGUGAGUCAGGGACAGGGGCCGUUUUGUGUGUGUGUGUCCCUCCGGUGCUAUUAAAGGAAUAAAUCUGCGAAAGUACAGAAGGAGCAUGGCUAAGCAAAAUGUACCGCUGUUCCCAUUAAUCUUACUUAGAAUUAGAGGACAGAUGACCAUGACACAGCAUCGAACAGCAACUGUGCAGAAGUACCAAGUAGGGAGGAGACGGGAUCGCGAAUUCCCAUGAUGCAUCAUUUACAGGCAAACUGCUCCUCAGCAGUUCCAGUAUCAAAACUCUGGAGAACUGUGCUGAUCGGGCAUGUUGUUUAACUUAUUGAAUGUUUGGUCUACGAACAUCAGACUUUUAGUGCACUUUGAGCGUUUCUCUGGAUCACAGAGUACCCUUUAACUAUUGAAUAGUGAAGACUGUUUGCAGGUUGUUCUGAAUGGAUGAAGAGAUGAAAACAUUUAUUAUUUAUCUUAACCUUGUCUUUGAUGGUUUUCCAAUUGGCGGUAUCGGUGAGUAAAAGUAUGUGGUACUUCAAAGAAAUGCAGGUGUUAGCACCAUUUGUUCUUUUCUUUGGGUUUGUGUUUGAAACCUGUUUCAUUUGUAAUUGUUCUGGUGCCACACCAGGUAGCGUGAAGUCCUGUUUUGUUCACUAUAAAUAGAAGAAGACACAAUUAGUGGCAAGUGAGGGGCAUCACAGUGGUGUAGUGGUUAGCACUGUCGCCUCACAGCAAGAAGGUCCUGGGUUCGAAUCCGGCUCAGGGCGUUUCUGUGUGGAGUUUGCAUCUUCUCCCUGUGUCUGCGUGGGUUUACUCUGGGUGCUCCGGUUUCCUCCCACAUCCCAAAAACAUGCAGCAGUGGGGUUAGGUUAAUUGGCCACUUUCAAAUUGCGCGUAGGUGUGAGUGUUGACGGUUGUUCGUCUCUAUAUGUCAACCCUGCGAUGAACUGGCGACUUGUCCAGGGUGUCCCCUGACUUCACCCGAAGUUGCUGGGAUAGGCUCCAGCGCCCCCACAACCCCUAGUGGGAAUAAGCGGUAGAAAAGGGAUGGAUGGAUAGUUGCAGGUGUGUCUGAGGCAGGAGAAGCACACCGUUUUUUGACCAUUAACAUCAACGUCAUCGCCAUUGGCUUGAAUUCGCAUUUGUCUUUCUUUUGCAUUUGGUUUCUUUAACAAAAGAAGACGAAUAAACAAAGAAAGUGUGACUUGGAGGAACUGUUUCAUUUACGGUGAGAAACAAGUAGGCAAAGAAGAUGCGUCAACUAUAAAAUCUGGCUAUCGUACAUCUUGGUGGCUUCUAGGAUAAUUUCGGUAGGGGAAUUUAAGCCACUACAAAUUAAUCAACAAAAUAAAAACAUAAAGGAUACAAGAUUUUUUUUUUUUUUACCUUAUAGUACUACUUAAAUAAAGACUGAAACAUUUCCUUGUAGUAGUGACAAUGAAAAUACCUGCAAAUGAAAUGCAAAAUAUUAACCAAGGUACAUAAAGUUUGAUUAAUUUUGUAGGCCUGUAAACUUUAUAAGGUCUUUUUCAUCUGUAGUACUGGUAUACCCUCAAAUCCAGAAAGUAAAGGACACCCAUUGAAAAAAAGGAACACCACAAGUAAACAACAUAAAUAUUAACAUUUCAUUUGAUCCUGACUGAUAACAGCUCUAAUCCAUAAACAGAUUUUUUCUUUCUUUUUCUCCUUUUUUUUAAUCCUCAUGUUUCAUCAGCAACAACUAAAAGUGAUCCCCGAGUAACUGUAACUUUUUUAUUAACCAUUAAACCUCUUACUUUUCCUUAUUCUGUUGUGUGAGUUACUUUUAAUGUGAGGAAGAUGUUGCUGUCUCCCGGGGCUUGAGAUGACAGUCCCAGGUUGCUUUAAUUGAAUUCAGCAGGCAAAUAUAUUCUAUAACAUGUCGGACAAAGAAAAUCUGCUCUACGCUCUUAUUUGCAUUAUCCACCAUCUGUUUCGGGUUGCCCGCUCAUAACUCUGUUUUUGCUAUUCUGGUACUUAAAAGGAUAAAAUGUCUCUGAAAUAAUAUAUCCAAGUGCAACAGUUCCUUCUGUAUAAAGCAGAAAAACUGUCAUCACAAUAGGGAUUUAUGCAAAAAUGGAACAUCUUAGAGCCCCAGUGUUGUCAGCCUGCCAAUUUCCAUUCAAAUUGAUGUCUAAGCCUUCCUAUUAAAUAGACCUUAGGACAGAUUUGAGAAGGCAUCGUGGGUGCUCACUGUCAGACAAGCUGUCCACACAGUGGGGUGGAACUUCCUGAAAUCCUAAUCAAAAGGCUUAAUCUUUCCUUUCUCUGCUUGUCUUGUUCCCAUCAGGAGUCCUGACUCCGGGCAGCAGCCAUGUGAGUGGAGCCGUCUCACAGCAGAGGAUGCCUACGUCCAGCUAGAGAAGAGCGGCCUCCCUCUCUCCCCUCCCACUUUUCUCCCUCCCUCGAGCUCCCUCCCUUCUUCCCACAUGAGGAGGAGAAGAUGACUAUCACCAGCCGGCAGUCCUUCAAUGUCCUGACGGUCAUCUUCCUUCUGCUGUCCACUGCAGGUCUGUAGAGUUUAUCGUGAGAUUAAGCUUGUGUGACCCUUAAAAGGUCAUAGAUUUGAUAACUGGGACCUGCAGACACUCUUUAAAUAUAAUACCAAGAGCAGUUUUGACAGUUUUUGGGUGCUCAAAAUCAGGGUCUUGGUCUUUUUCUGGGUUAGCCACAAGAGCAGGGGACUAAAUGCAGCAUAGCACCUCAGAGGACACAACUUUCAGGAUUGAAGUUGUUAUCUGAUGGCCAAAAGUUCAGUCAGAGUCCCUCAACAUCAAGGGGCUUCUGAGCAUUUAUUGCUAAAAAAGAAAAAAGGGCUCUUGGCUGAAGAAGCCCUGAACCUUAGGGUGCUCUCUGUAAAUGAGGCCAUGCAGGAUGGAAAUGUGAAGAGAGUACUUUAUAACCCCUAAAGGUAACAGCCAGCACAUAUCUCUGAGCUAUUGCGUAUACAUUAUGCACGAGGGAAAAGAUGCCAACUCAAGUCUUAAAAAUGACAAAAUAGGGCAAGAGCAGGAUGGAGUGUUGGAGGAGGAAAUCAGCACAGCAGGAGCAUAAAGUAGGUUGGGAUAAUCCACUGCAUUGAAUAGGAAUUAAACAAUCUUAACACAAUGUUAAGAAAUAAAUAUUGUCUGCCAAAGUGAGCGUGCAGUAUCUGAGUAGACUCUGCCUUUUGUGCAGGUUAGGAGGAAAAAAUUUGAACUUUGUACACCAUUCCAGUUUACUUUAGUGUGUUUAGUUUGGUUGGUUUUAGGCACAAUCUCCUCGCUAAGUUUAAAGAAAAUGUCUUUGUACAGGUUGAGAUAAGUCAUGAAACUUGAGCUUGAUUGCAUGAAAUAAAAACAUUUAUUAAUGUGACGUAACCUCUAUUCUUAGGGUUUGCUUCUUGGCUGAUUUGGGGCUUUUACAUGGCUAAUGCCUCUCAAUAGGGAAGGGGAUUGCAUUCACUUAAAAAAAGGAAACUUUUUUUUUUUAGCAAUUUUUUUUCUUUGCCAUUUUUCUGGCAAUUUUUUCCUCUGUUUUUUGUGCUAAUAUUUUUUUCCCUCUCUCUGUUUUUCGCACUAUUUUUAUUUUAUUUUUCAUACUUUUUUUCUUCUUUCUGUUUUUUGGACAUUUUUUAAUUUUUCUGAUUUUUUUUCUGUUUUUUGAACAUUUUGUAUUCUGUUUUCUGACUUGUUUCGUCUUUCUGUUUUUUUUAGACUUUAUUCCGUCUUUCUGUUUUUCAUUCUUUUUUUCGUCUUUCUGUUUUUUAAACUAUUUUUUCUUCUGUUUUUUGUACAAAUAUAUUUUCCCCUCUUUCUGUUUUUCGAACUACUUUUAUUCCCCCUACCUUAAAAUCCUGCGAGAAUCUCAUACAAUCACAUAAUGUUAACCACCGUGGCUGCUCCAAAUCAGUGGAUACUCCAGCUCCUAGGUAACUUUGACUAUGGGGUCAAUGUGAGUAAAGCAUGUUAUCAGUUAAACAAAGGUAAAAAUCCUGAGGUGCCUGUGCAAAUUAGACAAACCUAUGAUGAUUCCAUCUAUCUGACUUCAAGAGAGGAGUAUCUCCCAGUGACUCAAACCCAAAAGAAAGUAAAACUUGAUUAAACUAAACAAGUGGGUCAUGUUUGCUUCCAAUAAAUCUAGCAGAGGGGGAUGAAAGCAUCUGUUCUUGAAUGAUUAUGAUCCCAGAGAAUAGGAAAAAACAAUACAAAAAAAAAAGUCAGAAAACAGAAAAAAAUUAGUCCGAAGAACAGAACUGAAAAAAAUUUACUCUGAAAAACACUCUUUUUUUUUGUUGUUUUUUUUUGGUGUAUGCAACACGCUUCUAUAUCUCACGUCCUGUUUUCUCCCAGUAAGUUUCUCUCUCUCUCUAAUAUUUACCUGAUCAAAUCCUUAGCUCAUUAUAAUUUCCAUUGGCAAGCAUCAUGCCUAAAAUAAAAUAUCAAAUGUUGGCUCAUAUUUAAUAACAAAGACCAGAUAAACGUUGCCUGAUAAAUGUUUGAUUCUUGUUGCUGUGAUGCAUCUCCUCUUCAGCUGUUUUUGAUGUAUUAUAGAUAGCAAGAAGCUAGAUCAUGAAUAGUUUGAAGGUAAGGUGAUUAGAAAUUUAUUUAACAGCUUCAGUACUGUAAAAUCUAAAUGACAAAACUAUUAGUCAGUCAGCAUCUCUCUGGUUUGUGGUUUAACAGCGACUGCACAGCAGUUACAGCACAGCCGACAUUUCCUCGAUGUCUCAGAAGAAAGACAACAAACUGUGCGUGUGAUUGUUGCCAUGAAUAAAUAAAUAUGAUGUGUGAGCACUGACUAACGCUCAGAUGUUGCCUGUUGUUAGGGGGGGAGCUGGAGACAGCCAUGGCAGUCCUUAGACUGCAGGUUGUAAACAUACUGUAGAGCAAGAGCCAAGCUGUUAACUGUAUCCUAAAUUUCAAGAGGUGUUAAUGAAAUUAAGCAGGUGGGUGUGUUUACAACGGUCCACUUUAGAGAACCAGCUGUUGCCCAUUUGAGAAGCCAGAUAUUUCCCCUGAAUCUCUCUCUUUCCAAACCUUAAAUCCUGCGUCAUUACAGGACUUUCUGGUUCACCUCCGAUUCUGAGUCCAUCUGUUUCCUUAUUUCCAGUUCAAGCACCUACAGCUGCUGACCCCAGCUUCAUGUGCCGGGGUUUUAUAGCAGAUAAAUAACUUUUACAGGCCUGGUAAAGGUCAAAUGAAGAGUUUCCUCUCACUGUAUUUCCAUCCUUGACUGGUAAUCCGUCUACGUCCUUCAGGAUCACUUCGUUUUGGCCCUUCCCCUGCUCACAUUAUGGGUGUCGAAGGGAGGAUGGCUGGCCACACCGAGCUCAUUAUAACCUGAAAGAGCUCUCUCCUUUCAAAUGCUGAUCUGUCUCCCGUCUGGGAUUACCGACGGACUUCUAUCACACCGCCGCAUAAGUGGACCUUUAAAUCAGAGCUACAACACUUUGACUGACCAUGCUGCCAGAUUUGUAGGCUUCGCUGAUGAAAGGAAACACAAAAGACAAAAACAAAUCAGUCAAAUAAAAACCAAUCCGCGCACACUUCACAUAAAGUGGCAUCAUUUGGUUACGCUGAAGCGCGAUCAAGCAAAAGAAAAAAUCAAAGAGGUCCUUUCAUGAAAGAUUCAGUCAAUGACACACAAAUAGAGCCUGAUUUAGACAUCAGUGUGGAUGAUAUCAUCAUCCAAUUUUAGUUUUCUGGCACUGAAUAUGAUGUCAGUGGAUCUGCAAUUUAGUAGAAAGAAAAUGCAGGGAGAAAUGCCGAAGAUGAGAUCAUAGUGAUUUAGAAAUAGUGACGUAAUUUCAGUCUGUCCAUCAGGAAGGGCACGCAAGUUUAUUUUUACCAUCCUUUGGUGCAGAUAUUGGUCAUAAUUCUGGCCGCUGAUAUUUUGGGUCGUUUUUUGCAAUAUUUGUGUUAUAUAUCAUGUUAAAUGUUUGUACAUAGAGAGCAAAGUUUACUGGAGUAAAUGUCUGUGUUUGUGUACACAUACAGUGCCAAAUGUGCCAGUAUUCUUGCGCUUUUCACUUUGUUGUUUUGAGAGUUCAUUUGUGUCUUUUGAUCACAUACCUGUCUGUUUUUGAGUUGUGGCAUGUUUUCUGUCAUUUGUUUUCUGUAACGCGACAGUCAUGUCAGUUUUAAUAGCCAAGACAGUCAUGAAAGACAUCAAUAAUGCCAGCAAAGCUUUCCGGAUUUCAUCAUGUGAAAAAUCAAUGUUUUUCAGAUACAUCAUUUACAGGCGGAAGCAAACUUCCUCCACAUUUGUCAGUGUGUGUUUCCCUGCCUGCCUGUGUCUUAUGAGUGUGAACAAGUUAUAUUUAGUCACGUUUACAUGGGCAAAAUUUCUUGAUCGGAUUAAAAAUUUGAGGGAUCAGAUAAUCUGAAUCCCCUGUUUAUAUGGCGCAAAUUCAAAUAAUCCAAUCAUGAUGUGCGUGUACAACCAACAAAGGUGGUAGUGGCUCUCUCCAUCUAAUUCAGGAGUUUUCCUGCUGUCAAAUGUUAUAAGUAGAUGGCGCCCUUGCGUACUUAUUGUACUGUUCUGUCAAAGGUUGCACUGUGCGUGCAGAUGUGACAUCAUUACGCUGUAUGUACGCCUCGUUAUGUUACUGGAAGAGCAGGCACGGUACCUGCAGUUGGCAAUAAUUCACCUGCGGUUGUGUUUUAUGGCACAGUGUUAGUAAUAAUAACAAUAAUAAUAAUAAUAAUGAAACCUCCUGUACUGGCCUCAAUAAAUAAGCCAAAGGCUAAAGAGUGAAGAUCGAGUCAGGUAAGAAAGUCAUGAUCGGAAUAAGUGUUUCAUGGAUGCAUUUCGGAAUAACCAUCAGCAUAAAUCACCUCUCUCAAUUGGACAACAAUUUCUUUCUGAUUGAGCCGAAUUGGAACAGAAUCUUCCAAUCAGCAUGUUUACAUGACGCAUUUUUAUUCUGAUCGGGCUUUUAUUCCGAUUAUUUGUGCCCAUGUAAACGCAGCUACUGACAGUCAGUUUUUGGUUUCUUUCACAGGUAGCAGAAAGUGAAAAGGCGUUUGAAAUGUCAGACUCAUUAUUUAAGAAAGUGCUAAAUAAGUGAGUGUAAAAACCAUCAGCCUGGUAAAUUGACUCUUAUUACAUCUGGUUCAUUUCUAUCUGUAAAGUCUCCAGUACUGCUGCAGGACAUUCCUGUGAGUCAAAUUUAUUGGUUUUCAGAUUCUAUUAUAAGAGCACAGAUCCUUCUUUUGUUACAGCAACAAUACACUGGUUUAUCUCCUAAAGCUGCUGGGACUUGAAUGCAAAUAAGAAUAAAUCCUUUUUGCUCAACCUCACACUAAACUUCAGGCUCAGUCAGACUUCUUUUCGGUCCGACGGGAUUAUUAUUUUAGGGGUCACUAAAUCUUUGAAGAACAGGUGAGGCGACUGCUGCGGCUCUGUGACUCUGUAUUAUGGCAUAGACCAAAAACAGCAUGUUAAACAGGAAUGGUUAAUAUAAUUUUGACACAACAAAUUCUCCAGCCAGUCACAGGGGCACACUGGGCGCAUCCAUGCAGAAGCCCUGACACUCAUGUUUGCAUAAUGGCUCACAAAGCUGGAUGCACUUAAUGUUUUUUUCGGCUAUUGUCUUCCUCAAAGAACAAAAGGUGAACAAGAUUUUGCCAUCAGGGCUGUAGUCUAAAUGUGAUUCUUCCUGUCUUGUUAUUUUGUAAAUGCACUGUUUUCUGUUCCUGCGUGGUUAUAAUUGCACAGGCUGUCUCUUAUCAUUUCUUUUCAGAGGCUUCUAAAGAAAACAAAGUGUAUUCAGAACUCUGUGGGCUGCCGCAGUUUGAAGACUGUCUCCCUGAGAGUAGUUUAGCAUUAAUAAUUCACACAUUUUUACACCUGAAAUCUUUGUCUCUCUCCAAACUGCAGCCCUCUCAGCUCAUUACCGAGUGUGUGAACCCUACGACGACCUAAAGGGGCGUCCUCACUUCGGCUUUCACUGCCCGCGCCUCUCAGACAACAAGACCUACAUGUUCUGCUGCUACCACAAUAACACAGCCUUCAAGUACUGCUGCAACGAGACCGAGUUUCAGAUGGUCAUGCAGAUCAACCUCACCACCACCUCAGAUGGUUAUGCACACAAGUGAGUACAAAAAAAUUGUGAUCGCACUGCAUUUAGCACAUAUUUAAUGGAGUACUGUCAUUUCAUCCUGACCUAGAAAGUGCUCAGUAAGUGCAAAACCCAGUAAGGCUGCCACACUGAAUUUAUCCCAUUAUAAAAGAAGGUAUUUCAAAUAUUUACAUCUGGAUCUGUAUCCAGAUACUUAAGAUGACGGGCAGUCAGCUACAGUGUGUUGAUUUUGGAGGAUAACGAAAUCCAUGGAAUGGUUAUCAAACGGGUCAGAGCCUUUGGAGUCAACAGGGUCUUCACAUUUUUGCUGGAAAAGACAAAACAUUGGAGUUUUUUUUUAAGCCCUAGAGUCUGGUGCUAGAGAUAAAAAGUCAAAAAUGGUUGUAAGAAAUGCUUAUCACAUUGUGAAAUUGUGACAUCCUUAUACAGUAUAUGUGUUGCAGUACCAGCGAGUAUUAAAACAUCAUCUCACAGCGAUGAACAGCCUGUGGCGUUAGGAUGUGCUCCAAAAAACAGCCAUGUAAAGUUUGACGGGUCUUUUUCCAAAAUAAUUAACCCUUUAAUGCCAUUUGUAUCAUAUUUGAUACAUACUUUUAUGUACCUCUAUCAAAUCAAUAUGAUCAACAAAUUAAAAGAAAACACCUGAAUACAGUCCUAUAAAUAAUAAAAAUGACCUCUUGUAGUUUGCCAGUUUCCAAAAACAUCUAAUGUAUCAAACAAAAUAAAUAUGUUUGUGAAGUUUUAAGGACAUUUUGAUUUUUUUUUUGUUUUCAGUAGUAAGUGAAAUAAACAUUUCAGCUCCAAAAAUAUUAGAAUUUUCUGGCCAUAAUUAGUGGUUUCAGGCAUUAAAUGGUUAAAAUGUCUACAAAAGCUUCUUGAAAAUUAAUAUUAAAUCCAAAGAUAACAAAAGUUCUGCUUUUACUAAGAAACAAGAAAAAUAUACAGUACAUGUGUGGUCAAAAACUGUCAAAAAACCACUGCCCUCAUGUGCGCGACACUGGCAGACUGACAGCACCAGCCGUGAUGUGUGACCACAAUUGUGACCAAAAUGACAACGUCAGAAAUACCAACCAAUAAAUCAACUCUGCUUAGAUCCAACCAGACAAAAAAGAAGUCAUCCAUAAAUUGUGUUUUUAAAGUGCUACAACACUCUGGUAUACUUAUACAGUAUAUGUACUACAUGAACAGCAAGUAUUAAAACAUAAAAUACUCAGUUUGUGAUCAAAAUAUGACAAAACAUACAACCAAUCGAGGGGGCCACACGAGAGAUGUCAACCAGGAAGAAAUGCUGAGAGAGGUUUUAUAUUGUCUUCUGGUAUUUCUAUUCUGUUUUUAUGUUGUAAAGCACUUUGUAACUUUUUUGACAAGUGCUACAUAAAUAAAGUUAUUAUUAUUAUUUUUAAAAGAUUUUAUUUAACCAAUAAGCAAAUGUCAACUUUGCUGAUAAAUCAUGGUGGGCUCACUAUGAGAGGGACGUGUUUAGAAGCGCCACUUUACAACAGUUGUUCCUGCUCUGUAGCUUCUAAUCAUGCAUGUAAAUAAAAUAGCGGCUUAAUCUUAGAUUGAAAAGACUCCUCAACUUGAGAUGACUAAUUUUCUAAUUCUCUUCUGUUUGGAUGUACUCUUGGGAUUGGUCAAGGAACAUCAAAUCCCCCACCCCCACACACUGCAACCAAUAAGACUGAAGAUCCAUACUAAGUUGAGCCAGUAAACACUUCUGUCAGACAUAAUAAGAAUUCGAGUCAGUGCAAAUGAGCCUUGGUAUUAAACUCAAGCGCUUCAUCAACACAAUCAGCAGCUAAUCACUUAUUUGGCCAGAAGGAAACUUUCAACCAAAUCACUUCCAAUUCUGUUUUCUAGUUUCUGAGAUGUCCCACAAUACGCAGAGACAGAGAGAGACCACCACAAAAGCUCCUUGGUCUGUGUGAAGGUAAUUAUACAAACAGAAUAAAUCUUUUGUAGAGUUUUAUGUGUGGAGUCACAGGGGAACAAACACUUGAAGGUUCAUGACGUUCCCCUCAGAUGAGAUGAAAAGAGUCGAUUUAAGUCCUCCUGCUCACAAACGUUUUGUACCCUUGACGGCUUCGCUCUCAUUGACACCAUUUGCUCCGAGGGUUUGUUGACAUUGAUCUACACCUACAGAGGCGUUCAAAAGCAGCACAGAGAGGAGUGGAAGCUGAAAGCAGUUGUUGUUUUAGAGAGAGGGGAGCCUCUGCGGGUGUUAAGUGCUCGCUGUUAUAUUAAGCACCACUAUAGUGUGCUAUCAUAGUACAGUUCUCCAUGAAAAGACUGAAGUACUUUUAGUACUAUUCACAGUCAACUGCUCCACAAAUCUACAAAUACUACGAUAUUUUUGGCCCCAUUUCUCUCUGAAGAAAGAGAAAUGGUUUUCCGCUCUAAAGCAUGACUUAUUUAGUGUCCCCGCCCUUUUGGACUUCAGCAGCUUGAGCGUGCUUGUUGAACAUCUGCUCUGACACAGUCAAACUGGUUUAUAAAAUGAGACCUGGGUGUGCUGAUUCCACUUAUUGAGACUAGGGUGGUUACUAGGGGUGAUUCAUUUUAACAAUGAUUCGGUUUGUAUCAUGUAGGGAUGUGCGAUAAAUUAUCGUUCUCGAUAUAUCGUCAGAAAAAAUAUUUGCCAUCUCAUGAUAAAUGCGAUAAAUGCAAGUUGAUGACGUAAGCGACAGUGACAGACUCACAGUCGUAGCCCACAUAGAGCAGAAUAACAAACAAACAUGGCUGAAGGUACUGAAGAAGACGUUUCUGAGCAGCUCGUUUGCUUCAAGAUUGGUGUCAGACAGUGGAUCUACUGCUGUUCACUCUGAGCAGUAAGAGUUUUUAACAAAUGUUGAAAAUGUUUUCACAUUUCAUUAGUUUUCUCCAUAACCUACCAAUCAAACUUGUGGAUAAGUAUCUUAUUUAACAACUCCAACUGGUGUUCUCAGGACAAAAUGAGUCAAAAUCAUGGGUUGGAAUCAUGAUAUUUUUUUGAUCAGGACUUUUAUCGUUAUCGCCAGAAUAUCUUACUGUGAUAUGUUUUUUAGCCCAUAUCUUCCAUCCCUAGUAUCAUGAUUCGUGGUUGCUGAGUCCAUUUAAGGACAAUAUUUGAUUCAUUUUGAACAAUAUGAUCCAAAACAACUAAGUAACUUAAAAUUUAUUCAGUAAGUUUUUGGCCAAAAAUUCAACCAGUAUGACUGUCAAAUAAAUAAAGAUACUGGACAGUGUAGGGGAAAUUUCCUAGAUUCCUGUUGUUUCUUGUGGGGGAAUCAGGUAUAAAUUAAUUAUGGUUAUAAACAAAGAAGUAAACAACAAUCACAUUUUAUUUAAAUAAAAUGCAACCACCUCCAUUCCAGGUUGAAUUAAUAGCAGAUUAACCUUUUCUGUUCUCAAUUUGAAUAUUCAAUAAAUUUUGAAUAAAAGUACAGAAAGUGUGACCAACAUCCCUUCAGGUUGAAUUAACAGCAGGUUUUCCUGCAACUUCUACUGUUGUAGAAAUAAUACAAAUACAACAUACACUGGACCGCAAUGGUCACUUAAACAUUUCUCACUGGUUGACUUCUCCUCCACCAUCCGCCAUGCUAUGUUUUGUUGUCCGCUGGCGCGUGAUGGUGACGUCACAGACAGGUAGACUGAAUCGAGUAAUGCUUAACGUCUUAAUUAUUAAAUUUAAAAUAAAAUAGAUAACACAAACAUGUACAGUCUGCCGUGCUUAAAUCUAGUGGGUUAUUUCCUAGUCACGAUACAAUCGAUUUAUUACAUUUUAAAACGAUGUUGGAUCGAUAUGUUUCAUCCAGAAGGCCAACUUGCCAAGCACAGAUCGAUGGAGUUGGAUUAUAACAAUAUUAAUCAAUACAUCGAUGUUGUAGAUGAAUCGUUGCAUCCCUAGUGGUUACUGUUUAACAAGGGUCAUCCACUUCCACUUUGCACAGCUUAAUUUGAACGACUCUGAAUGUCUUCAACACUCGCUAAGUGCAAGGGCAGAGUUUUCUGCAGCAGUAUUAGAAAUCUUAACAUAAACUUUAUAAAAAAUGCAAUCAAACUGAAACAGCGUGCUUCUUAAUACAUAAAGAUUAUAGCAAAGCCCUCAUGAUAUGACAGUAUCCAUUCACAGAGGACCCACUCACACCCCAGAAGACACACUAACUCAUUGCUGUAAAAGCAGAUUUAAGCUGAGUGAUGGACACAGAAAAUGAGCCUCUUUUCCUGUGUGAGCUCUCAGUGGGAGAUUUAGGUGUCCAAACCGCAGCUCUCUGUACUAAUGCCCUCCCAGCAUGCCUCCGUCUCAGGCAGUCCACACUGCCCUGCAGCAGGUCGUGAUAUUUCAUUUUAGUGUCAGAUGGCCUGUCGGGACACUCUUUCAUCCUGGCUCACUGGGCGUCAGGACUGUGGGAUUGAUAUUUACCACCACAAGCAAGUUAAACUGACCAUAAUUCUGCACUCUACUCACGUUACAGGAUGGAUAUCGUGUUAUAGCUUGAGAUUUACUGCAACUCAAGGUAAAAUAGAGGGCUUAGUCCUCAGGAGACUUGACCAUAGAGUUCCACACAGAACUCAGAACCAGAAUAGAUCCUUAGUAGAAUAGCCACCAGCAAAAAAAAAAAAAAAGAUGAUGUUUAAAAAGCAACAAGAAAAAAAAACAACCUUUGACAGAAAUUCAAUCCCAUCUGCUGGUCUUUUCUCUAAGAAAGCCGUGUUAAUUAUUGGAUUUCAUUUGUUUUAACUGGGCGGUCAUGAUCAAUCUCUCCUGGCUCUGAGAACACAUUGUGCUUUGGCUUAUAAUCCUUUAUUUAAAGCCUAAUACUUUCACAGAUUACCUUAGAUGACAUUUAACUAAAUUAUAGGAGGACGUCUCAAAUGUAGAGGUGAGUGUAAAUGCAGUUAAGGAUACAUUUAGAUGUGAGUGCAGGAGUGACUUUUACCUGCCUAAGUGCUCAUCUGAGCAGCUCACAUGUUCAUUUCAAAGUCAUUUAGUCCGAUGAAUAUCCCCAAGGUCACAUUAUUUCAGACUGAAGUGGAUUCUAUUUGACUGACUGAACUAGAAGCACUUGGGCACACUUUGUUAAAGGCUUCAAUCAGUGCAGUCAAAUGAACUGCAAACUCUGCUGAGUUGCCAUUUAAAGAUGGAUCGCUUAAAAAUUCCAAGUUAAAACUGAAGAUUCUCAGUGUCGAAGAAGAAAAAACUUUUUUUUUAAAUAGGCACAAUGAUUAGACAGAACCACAUUCAGUUUGGUUAAAGCUACCUAAAUCCAAGCCCUCAACUCCUCAGUGAAGUAAAGUCACAAAAUAUUAAGCAUCAGUUUCUUUGUUGUGCUUUUACGGAUGCGGGUGAACUGAAAGAAGGUUCAAAUGUUCCCCCAGCUGCAGCAUGUAACAAGUACAAGAGAAUGAGAGCUUAAAAGUAGGAAGAGAUUUUUUUAAAGAAAUAAAUGAGAGAAAGAUGAAAAGCUUAUUUUUAUUUCUUUAUUUAGCUAUCUCUUAAACUAGCCUAUCAAGAGGGGAUGUCUUUGUCUUCCCACAUGAGCAGCAAACUUUCACACUUGGCAGCGUUAUUGUAGCCACUGGGAUUUAAAGACUCAGCCUAAGGGUAUCUGGAUGUCAGCCAUGGAGAAAACCCUGUGCUUAAACUGAGUCUCUCUUUCUCUCUCUCUCUCUCUCUCUCUCUCUCUCUCUCUCUCUCUCACAGUAACUAUACGGCUCUGGUCGGCGUGUGGAUCUACGGCUUCUUCGUCAUGGUGCUGCUGGCACUAGACUUCCUCUACUACUCAGCCAUAAACUACGAGCUGUGUCGGGUCUACCUGGAAAAAUGGGGCCUAGGGGGACGCUGGCUGAAGAAGGCUCGGAGUCAGUGGCAAAGAUCCAUGCCGGAGGAGAACGAGAACCAGGCUCAAGCUCAGCCCAUGGUCUCCAGCCACUACCAGCCUAGACACAGUCUGAGAGGGGAGAGCCACAGCCCCGCACUUCUGCCCUACGACACAUCCACAGCAUGGUGAGUCACUGACAGAAACAUGAUGACUGUCAGCCUACAGUGUGGCACCUGUCUGCUGUAAAGCUGCCAGAGUCAGCAAACAGGGGAUAAAGAUUUUGAGUCACGUAUGUCCCAGGGUACCACAGCUGGUGUCUCUAUGGGAGACUGACAAUGUGGAAAUAAUUUAUAGGAGACAGACAGGUAGCUGGAGGAGACAGGCUGCUGUCAUUUAGAAAACCUCAGUGUAACACCAACACAGCACAGCAUUGGGAAUAAUCAUAAAAUAACGAAAAAGGAUCUUAUGUGCAGAUUCUUUAACCAGAUGCUCAAGAAGGUUCAGUUUAAUGUGAGCUUUAUGACACAUAAAUACUAUUUGACAGGUUUACAUUCGGCUAAAAAGCCAAUGUUUACAUUAAAGAUGCUGUCCAGCCUCUAUAGCCCAAGUUUGUCAUCCUGUGUCCACCAAGAGGAAUCUGAAAAUAAGAGACCUCAUAUAUUUUAAAAGUUAUUUUGGAAACACUUCACUUGAUGUCUAUCUCUAUAACGCAUUAUAAAUAUAUAUAACGCAUUAUAAUCACGUUAUAGCACUAUAUAACUGUAGUUAUAAACACUCAUAAAUGAUCAUAAUGCCUUAUAGCAAUAAUAAUAACACAUUAUCAAGCAUUUUAUCAUGACUUACAAAGUCAGGUAUUAUAAUGUAUUAUGCUUAUUACUAUAAAGCCUUAUGAUAAUUAAUGAGUGUUUAUAAUGAUAGUUUAUAAGCAAAUUAUAACUCAUCAUAAAUAUAUGUAUAAUGCAUUAUCUAUGUGGGCAUUGUCAGUGAGUUGUUAACAGUUAUAACACAUGAUUAUACCUGGUCUUGUUAGUCGUGAUAAAAUGCUUGAUAAUGUGUUAUUAUUAUUGCUAUAAAGCAUUAUGAUCAUUCAUGAGUGUUUAUAACUAUAGUUAUACAGUGUCAUAAUGUGAUUGUAACGCAUUAUACAUAUAUUUACAAUGCGAUGUAGAGAUAGGCAUCAAAUAAAGUGUUACCCAGAGACAUAGGCGAACUAAGCGACUGCUUAGGGCCCCCCGGGGCCAGUAGGGGACCCCCAAGAGCAAUCAAAAUAAAUAAAUAAAUAUAUACUGUAUAUAUUUUUGCAUGUAUGAGUGAUGCUUUCUGUAUGAUCAAAUAUAUAUUAUUGUAAAAAUAAAAUAAAGUAAAAACGUUUUAGUGCUGCUGCAGAUGUAGGCCUAUGAUUCUUACUGCCAAUGACAUUUUUACAGUAAACACAAAGCUUCAUCACUUGGAAUGUAGUGAAAAUCAACCCAAGCCGCUCUUGUAGCUGAAUGUGUUACAUUUUGAGAUUAAAAUCCAUAUGUGGCACCCUGAUCAUCAUUCAUCAGUCAUUCAUUGGUAUUAUUCGUAUGGUUGCAUUGGUAUUAUUUAUGUUAUUACCUAGGCCACCCCCUUACAUGUGUAAAGACAUGUCAGGUGCAUUAAGUUUAUACUGUAGUAGGUGUGUGAAUGGUCAACAAUCAAUAUUAUGGCAGAAAUAGAGGACCCCCAAAAAUCACAUUUUGCUUAGGGCCCCCAUUGAGGCUUGGGUCAGCUUUGGUGUAACUGUUAUGUUCAUGUCCAUUUGUUUUGUUUUUUUUAAUUGGAAAUUCUUCAUCAGUUUCCCAAAAUCCCAGAGUGACAGUGAAAGUACUUAUUUUGUGACCUCAAUAACGAUCAUGGAAAAGAAAGGAAAGCAGAGGACUCUUAUAUGUAUGAAACUGAAACCUGAUAGUGUUUCAAAUCUGUUGACAUAAGAGAUUGAGAAAUGACUCAUAGGAUGAUGGAAAUAUGUUUCGAACCACUCUGUGAAAGUGACUAAUCGCAGCAGCUCUUAAACUGACAGCCAUGCUGUAGGAUGUGUUGUAUAACUCCGAGAUAUGAUUUAUUCCACUCUGAUAAAGAGAACAACACAGGAGAGUCUCUUGUUAUUGUGUUUGUUAUUUGGGAACACAGAAAAAUGUAACAGAUGCUUAAAGAAAUUCAAGGAUACCUUUCACAGAGAUGUGCUUUUACUUUUUCUUCUUUCCCCUGACAGUUUCUCUUUGAGUCUGUUUUUCUCUGUACCGUGUUUUGUCAUGUGGGGAGCAACGUUUCAGGGAUAUAGUGUGACUAACAGGACAGGAAUUGGAGCAUUUCUAGCAAAAUAUUCUCAGAGAAAGCUCAAAAAUAAGGCUUCUUGUCAACUUUGAUUCCUUUUAGUGAGUACAGUGUUUUCUACAACACAUCUACUGAAGGAGCAAAGCGUACCAAAGACGAUGCUAAAUCCAGAUCUCAUUCAUUUCAUGAUACGGUAUCUCUUUGACUUAGGAGUACAGACCGGAUCGUUUGAAAAAUCCUGCCCUCCUGCUCUCUAAUGGAUUUCUGAGAAGUAUCUGAUCUGUAUUGGUCUUUCAUCUUAAAAUAGCAGCAUUCUGUCUCAGAGUCCUUUUAAAGAGAAUUUUUCUUGAUUUCGAGUCUGAAGAGCUCAUUAGGGGGUUGUCAUUAUUAAUGGAUAGAAAAGAAUAAAAUAAUGUGAAAGCUUCAAUGCCCACCAGGGGUCUCUAACUCAUAUUUAACCUAAAGGUGGACUCUGAGUCACAAAAGAAACCUCUCAUAGAGGUUCUGCGGCAAAACACCAACGGCUGUCUUCUCUGUUUAUCUUUUUACGACUUUUGAGAGCAGUCCCAGGAGUCGCGGCGUGUACAUGGCUGCGUGCGACUGUUGUUAAAACAUACAGGAUGAUUUAUGAUACCAGAGGUGAACUUUAACACCGAGCAGCCGCAGGGAACUUUUUUUCUUUUGGUAGAGAUUGUUCAUACUUUGAAAGAACAGCUACACAACCACAGAGCAGAGUGUGAACAAACCGAGAUUCGGCACGGUCAAUUUUUCAUUCAGCUCUCCAUCUCAGACAUUGAACGACCUAUCUGUCUGCCUGCAGCUCAGAGUCUCUUCCUCGAGGAAGAUAUCUCUCUUGGGUCAUGAUAAUUUAAUGCAGGCAGAGGUUUGACAAAUGGCUUUCAGAAGCUGCGUGGACUCUGAGAGCCGCGGAUGCGAGAAGAGGAGAUGCUGCAGAGGGAUCCUGAGGCUGCUCUGCUGGUGGAAACAAGGUUAACUAACACCGGACAUAUCCAUGGAGCCUGCUCAUUAGACAUGGAGUCAGUUUAGAAUGAUAGGACUCAUCAAUCCUGGACUUGCGCGGCUAACCUGUGAGAGCAGCUUCAGAGAGUGAAAAUACGUAUGAAAAGGCGUUUGGAGCUGCUGUAAACGCUCAUUGAAAAAUUGAGCUAAGUUCGUAGUUAUUCAUGCUAAUGAUUGGAACUGCCUCAGGAUGGAUGUUGGUGAAGGAUUAUCUUGUGCAACACCUUUUUGCUAUAAAAGUGUAACCUGUUUUUAGCAAACAGGACGAAAUUAACAUAAGGCUAAGAAUAGUCUGAGGUGAUCAGUCACUUUAAAAGAAAAAGCGAGGGAUGCUGGGAGCUAAAUUUAGUUUCUGGGGUAAGUUUGGAAUAGCUGCUCCGUGCGCUGAAGCAGUUCUCACAGCACAGAUAACACUCACACUUUUUGUUUAAUGUGUGAAUUAACUUCCUCGGAGGAAACAAUGCAUAUAGCACAGAUGAUGCUGCCCACACAGUGCGUCAUUAGAUGGCCCAGGAUUUAUUUGCAGGGGUACAGAUCAUAGUCCCGAGAGAGGAUGCAGGGUAAAUGGCUCAGAAAACUGGAUCCAUUUAGUCGAACAUCUGUUGCCCAAAUGUAAACAAACAAAGACGGGGUCAAGUCCCACAACUUGCAAAGCAGUAUCUAAAAACAACUCGGUCGCACAGCAACUCAGGAAUCCAGCACAAACGAUUACCGAUGCAGCAGAGCAAUCCUGACAUUCAGUCGACUUUACAAAUCAUUCCUCUGCAUGCAUCGAAUUAUUUUCUUCUUCAGAGAAAGUGCAGCUCGGCGUUCAAUGUGUGGGAAUUCUGUUUAUCAUAUCGCAGUGUGAGCGGGCUGUAUAUUCUGCUGCAGAUCUGCUGGGGGUUCAGUGUGGGCGGCUUGGGAAACAGUUAUUACUUUCUCUCGGUAAAUUACCGUUAUUUAACUCUCACAUCCUUAUAUUUAGACCAGUGUGAACCAAUAAAAGAAAUGCAACUGGUGUCACUUUUUACCCACUUGCAUGUGGUCGUGGUGUGGGUGAAAGAAAAUGUCAGUCAGAUAUAACAGUGUUUGUUGAUUCAUAGGAUAUAAGUUCACUGACAGAGUAAGGUCAGGCGGCUGUUCAUACAGGGUGAUUUGGGUUGUUAUUUCACCUGAUACAGAGUUUUAUUAUGACCUUAAGGGGCUAACGCUGUAGAGAAAAAGAAGGGCAGGAAAUGCAUGAGGAAGAGGUGAAGUCAGAUGGAUUUGUCAAAUAGAAGAAUAAAGUUUCUUUUGUGUAAAGAAAAGGGCAUCCGAAAGCAAUGACCUUAAAUCUUGAAAAGAUUGGUUCCCAAUUUGUUCAUUUUAGAGUUCAGCUACCCCACUGAGCAUUGACGUCUAAAUGUAGCCUAGACAACUGGUCUAAAAUCAGGCUACCACAGGUCUAAAAAUGAAGGUUUUUUUAGACGUCUACAUUUAGACCAAGUUUAGACUAAAUCUAAUGCUGGGCUUUAUCUAUACUACACUGUUUAUUUUAUUAUUUUGGUUAAGUAUUUGCAGAUCACUUAUGCAACUUACAGAUGCUUUUUAUAGAAAUAUUUAUCCAAUAAUGGGUUACAGUGCAACGUCUAAAUUACGUCUAAAAAUAUACAGAAUUUAUACGGUUGAAAUUAGGUCUAAAAAAAACUAGAUGUCUAAAAGCCGUCAAUUGCUCAGUGGGACCUUCACUUUAUUUUUGCUAAAAUAAACCUGAAAAUCCAAGUUCAGACUGAGGGAACAUUCAAACGCUUGAAAGACAGUGAAUAAGUCACAUUUAUGGCAGAAAAAAAAUGGAGAAAUGGUUCAAAAAUCCACUUUACAACAAUCAGUGUUGUUAUUGUUGAGCUCUGAGGUACAUAAUCUGUUAACUUCAGACAGACCAAGGUCCAUCUCCAGGCCCAUUACCCAUUUCCAGUCUUAAAGCUAAUAAAAGCCCUUAAAGAAAGAAAUAAACAUUGAUGAUACUUCUUUAAGAGGAGUCCUCAUGCAACUCGUAAAUGGUUGUAUAUUCUUCUUGGAAGCUCCUGCUUUGUUCCCAGAAAGCAUUAACGCUCUGAUUGGUAGUCCUCUCAGGAAUUUUAGGACUAACACUAAAAAUUUGGACACAUUCCCAGUUUUUGCCCGUCUAAAUUUCCUUUAAGUCCUUCACCAGCAGUGUCUGUUACUGGAAAGCAGUAGCAUUGUGACUUCCUUUUUUGAAAUGUGACUCUUAAUACUUUCUACUCAUAAAACCGCAAGAUAUAUCAGAUCUGUCGCCGUCAUCGGUCUCGCUUCUCUGCAUAGUUUAAAUAAAAUUGUCAUUAGUCAGGGCCGAUGAAGACUUACAGUGCAAAAACAGCUGUGCAAUCAAGAUAAAACAUAAGCUGCUGCUUUGCUCAUGGCUGGUGGUAAAAUUAAAAAUACAACCUGCCAGUUGUUGGCUGGGAUGGGCCAGAGCCCCCUCUCGUGAUCCUCAAGGAUAAGUGAGUAUAUUUAAUGGAUGAAUGGAUGGAUGACUCAUCUCUGGUAUAAUGUGUGCUGAGCAUCAGCUCCAAGUGCCGUAGAUAAAAGUGGGAGGAAUGUAAGGUUACAUCAAAAUAGUGCCACAACUUAUCAACACAAACAUGUCAAAGAGCCCCUUGAUGAUUUAUGAAUCAUUUGGUAUCCAGUUACAGAGAUAUCCCAUGCCAGUAAUCGCCCACUCACUCAAGGUCAGCGGCUUAUUUUAUCUGCUGAGCUGAACCGUGGAUAGAGCUGUCCAUGUGCGGUGGCAUCUGUCUACCUGACUCACUCGCCGUCGUAACACUCUUACAGUCAGACCUCCGUGACUCAGCAUUAUCACCUCGUUUGAUUAACUAAUUUACCGUCACACACGCCCAGUCUGCUUGUAACGUUGUUUUGGCUCCCUAACACCAGCGCCGACACCUGAACUGACACUCGUGAAGCUGAAACUGCAUUUCACAACUCUUUUGCCCUAUUUUUUCCCUCCUGUCAGAGUGUGAUCAAAGCCCCCCGUCUGUCUCCUGCAUAUUCACAUCCAUCUUUGAACUCACGGCUUGCCUUUCUGUGGUAAUAAUAGAGUUAUACAUUUGAAAAAAAAAAUUAUUCCUGGCCUGCCUGUCCAUAGAGCAGCAUGCCAAAACCUUGUCCAAUUAAAGCAGCACGCUCCAUGUGGUGCGAGUUAAUUAACAUCAUACAUGCUACAAAGGCAGCCAGGCACAGAGUUGUGCUGCAGGCUAAAGAUAAAGAGCAGGAGAGCAGGUUUAGCUCUCUGCAGGUAAAACAAAGGUUGGCAUAGCUAGGAGCAAGUGGGGAAGCUAAAAUCUUAUUUUAGAGAUGUAUUUCUGAACCUUUAUGAGAUCUAUCAUUUGCUGUGCUCUUUAUGCCCUAAGAUGAGUCCUAAAAGCUUUCAGUAUUAAGAGCACAAGCCUCAUCCUUAUGCUGAUGACAUUUUCCUCGUAAUCUGGACCAAUAAGGUGAUUGAGAGGUGGAAACUUUGAUUUUCCUUUUAAAAAUGUUGUGAAAUCAUUUUGGGCAUCAGACAUGGGAGCAAGAGAUGUGAAUCAGGGAUUCUGGGUCGGCUUUGAGGCUUUACAAGACUUACAGGCGUGUAAAAAGUUCCUGUAAAUCUGAUUGCUUUUUGAAAGGCGAAGCUACUCUGUUUUACAAGUCUUUCUGUUUUCAGGCUUUGAGCUGAUUUGAAGCCAAUAUUCUUUUCUAUUAAAAAAAAAUCAAUGAGUAUUGUGAAGCACAAAGGAGACACAUUAUGAUCUGAGACGGAGCUUUGCCACAUCAGAGCUGUUCAGCAGAUUCCAGGAGUCUGAUCAAAAUAACUUUUUGGCAUCUCAGAAGCAGAUGAUGCAUCAGACGCAGAGACGAUAUUACACCCUGAAUUCCUUUACUCCAAGUUUUUGUUGUUUGUUGUUAGUGAAUUUUCUCAGUCUGAGUUUUGGGUAAACAUGAUCCUUUAAUGUUUGUCCUUCAUUUACUGCGCUUUAUCAAGAGUUCUUCAAACUCAUUAGGCCUCAGUUAGUAGAUGAUGAAGAUACUGACAUUGUGAUGGAAAAUUGAGAGAUUAAAAUAGGGCGAAUCUCACUCAAAAGGCAUAUGAAGUUUGGAAAAUAGAAAUAGAAAUCAGUCCAAAAACACCCAAAACAGUGAGAGAAAUCUUUGUGUUUUUAAAAUAGAGCAGCAAAGAAGUAGCACAUGUGGGAGCCACGAGGACCUGCUGUCCAAAAGUGAAAACACUCCAUUUAAGUGAUUUUUUGUUUUUACAUAAUUGUGUGAGUUUGUUUUCUUUUUUUACAGGGAAACGGGUCAUUAAGUGUUAAUAAUUGAUUAUGUGUGGCGUCUUUUAUCAAACAAUGCUUUAUUUCUUCUCCUCCCACCCUCUCCAUGCCUGCUUUGUUUUGAAAGUAUCAGCUGGUGGUUGUAUGUGACAAACAUCCUGAGCUUAUUGUUAGUAACAUUAUCUCACAGCCUGCUGGAGUCGGUAGCUGUAAACAUCACCAUAUUUUACUAACACCAUUAUAAAGCACUUCUUUUACAGCAGCAAUCUGAAAGAAAAGUAAGAAACUAAGGAAAAUAUAUGACAAUAAUGUACGAUUCGUGAUCUAUGGCACCUGUAAACAUGUUAUAGUGGGAGUCAAAGAGGUUUACAGCAGCAGGGGAGGUUCUGGGAUUGAAACAUAUAUCUAUAUACUAAUCAAUAAUUACAUUUCAUGCAUAAAGAAGGCCACAUUAAUGAGGUGUGAUAGAUAAUCCUUGGUGAAAAUUAUUUGUGGCUUUCAUGAUUAGUUGAAUGUAAAAAUAAUUAUCCUAAAGUAGAGCUGGGCAAUAUGGGAAAAAGUUCAUCACUAUAUAUUUUUUUCAUAUCAGUCGAUAUCAAUAUUUAUCAUGAUAUAAAAUAAUCACUCGUCAAUCUUAAAUGUUCCGUUACUCUUAAAUAAAAUUUAAUGGUGCUUAUUGGUAACAUGUGUACCAAUAGACAUGCUGUUAAAUUUUAUUUUUUGUAUCAUUAUAGAUGUCAGUAUCAACUGAUAUGAAACAAAUAUGUCGUGAUACACUUUUUCCCAUAAUUAGUGUACCAAAUGCAUAUUGACCAUGUUUCAUAUUGAUAUUGAAGGAAAUUAAUUUUCGAUAUAUAUCCUUAUCGUUUUAUCGCCCAGCCCUAUCCUAAAGGCGACCUGAGGGAGAUUUGUCAGGGUAAAGGUCCAUGGGCACAGCAUCUAAAAAAAUCUCUGAUCUCAUCCAUGUCCGUGAAAAAAAUACAAACCGACCCUCUGAGAGCUGGCUGGUGGAUGUGGUUGGAAGCUUCCUGCUAACAACAUAAAGUAGACCUAAUAAAAAUGUUUUUUUUUUAACACUAAUUACAUGUUUCUGUGUCUCUCUCUGUGCAGAAAGAUGCUGCGGGAGGACGAACUGAAGAGUAGCAACACCCUGUUUCCUUACUUGGUUCGGGAGGAUGCCAAACAGAAGCCCCUCUCUGGACUACAGACACUAACACCAGUGGUGGGCUAGCCAUAUUGUAGUAGUUAGAAGUGACUACUGACCCUUUCUUAAGAGCACAAAAACUCGAGGGGACUGACAGCGGCACCAUUAGAAGGCUGGCUGAUAUGGAAACACAGAGGACUGUUCUGCUUCUGCUGCCACAGCGACAGACACAUUCAGCCGCUCACAGGUGUUCAGUGAUCCCUAAAAAAUGGCUGCCAAGGCCCAGAGUAUCCCAAACAAAUACAGACUGAACUGGAUAAACUGUACUGGCAACUGAGGAGGCCGGCCUGUUUUUAAAGUACAACGCUCAUCUUUCUAGAUAGAACAUGUUUAUAACACUGCUGUGUCAGUUUGUGUUCAGUAGCAGUUAGACACAGAUGUGGGUUAUCUAUUUGGUGAUUUAUUUAUGUGAACUAAUCAGAGAAACGUGUGAGUGGUUAACAUUCAGAACAUGUAACAGCUUAGGUUGAUGCUGAGCAUCUCAAGUAGAGUAGGAUGUUUUUGUUACUUGCUGAAAGCAAAAUGUCUCUGCAGCCAUGAUGAAAAACACUAUCUUAUAUCUAAUGUUUUAGGUCUUCUUUCUGCAAAGCAAGUGAUUUCGCUGUAUUUAACGUGUCUUACAAGGACACAACGCCAUACAGUUAAACUGCUGUAGAUCUUUUACAUUGUUGAGAUUUUUUUCUCUUUGGUUCGUGGUGGUGAGGGAACUCGGAAUCCUGACACUCAAUAAGUAGUUCAUCCCAAACAUUCAAGAGGAUCAGGGAUGCUUUAUGCUAAGUUGACCUUAACCCCUGGCUCUGAGCCUGGGAGCCCAUUAAAGACCAUCACUUAUAAUAUGUGAGACAGUUGCCAGGGUAACCUCAUCCAAUGACUUGUGUGCCCUUCCUCAUUACCGGAGAUGCCUGAAAAACAGCUCCAUUAGCAAUAUGAUGCAAAUGAAUCUCCAUUUGGUUCUUUUACAAGGAGCACGCUACAUCCCACACUGCUAAUAGACAAUUGUAAAUGGUUAGCCAUAAUAGAAAUGAAGAAAAAAAAAUAAUGCCCCUCCACUGUCAGCAAUAAUGUACAGUAGCUUAAAUGGGAAGGAUGACUUUGUGUUCAAGUCAUGGGAGCAGCCAAAUGAGCACCGGACAGUCAUUGAGGUGUGUCACAAAGGGUUCAGCUCAGUUUAUAGUCAACGUGAAGGUUAAGUCUAUGACACUUAGUUCUGGAGUAUGAAUUGGUAUCCAAGACAGUCAUGAACUACUUUUGUUUCAGCUCUGUAUGAAGAAAUGUAAAAAUAAUAUAACUGCAGCACAUCAUUGCUUGCAUUAUUGAUCCUUCUGCUAAGGUAGCGUAGCGUAUUGUGUUUUUUUUAAAUGUUAUUAAGCUGGUAAGGAUGUUUGGAAUAAUAAGUAACAGCCUGGAAUUAACCAAAAGCUCAGAACUUGGUGAUGUCUAGUUUUUUGAUUAUAUAUUAUGAAAAAAAAGAAUAUAAAAACUUUUAUUUCGUGCCUCUGCAGCCUUAAGAAUUACUCAAUGGGUGGAUCAACUAUUUCACAUAAAUUGUUCAGUUCAUACAGUAUGAAAAUUAAAUCCAAAAAAUGGAUAUGUUGAUGACUUAAAACUACUCCUGCUGAAACAUUUCCAUAAUGUGGAAGUAUAAGAUCAAAUUGCAAACAAACAAAUGCUACAAUAAGGUAAAUGAUUGUCGUUUUUUCUCAAGAAAGUGACCUACAUGAUGUAUUUGUUCAUCCCAGUGUCUGAAUUUUUGGUUAAAGAGGUGGUUUUAUACUUUGUCAUAUUUAAAAAACAAGUAUGUGGUUAAGAUAUCAACUAGGCUAAUCACGGACACAGUUUGGGAGGAAAAUUUUUGUUGGAGUCAUUUUAAGGAUGACACAACUGGCUGCUUUGAACGGCCUCAGGAAAUCACAACUCGGGCAACACAAGACUGACUCAAUUUGUGACGUCAUUGAUUGGUUUAACGGAGCGUAGUAAAUCUUAAACUCACCACAUAGAAAAGUCUUGCUCUGUUCUGAGUUGUUUGGGGUUGUCUUGUUAAUUUUCCUUACUUUUUAGAUUUAGGGUCCUCAUAUUUAUCAAAAACACAUCAGUUAACAAUAAUGACUUUGUGGCAUGGCAACAGUGGAGGAGGCUCCAGAGAGCGAAGUGGUAUCAGAGGAAGGGGAGUAGAAAAGGGACGGAGGUUGAGCCUGAGAUGAAUAAGGAAGCUCUUGAGCUGUAGAUCAUAAUAUACCCCUAAAAAUAAACAUAAUGCCCUCUUUUUAAAUUGAACCCUUUAAAGUUGUUUGAAUGAUGACUCAAGUACAGUUUACACUUUCUACCCAUUUUCUCAACUCAAAGACAAACUAUUUUGUCCAAGAAAUGAUCAAACUAAGCAAAAUUAUGCUCUUUUCACAUCUUCAGUGUCUUUAAAACACUUUUUCAAACAAAAAAAUUUGAAAUAUCAACCAUGAAACCUUUCCCGAGAGAAGUUAUUAAAGAUCUUUGGCACUUUUAUGUGAAGAAAUGACCAUAACAACAUAGUAAAUCGGUACGUUCCAUCAUUGACUUAUUAUUGAAGCUUUAUAGUCAUAAUUUAAAGACAGAUUUACUCUUAUCCAAACCUUUGUUACAUACUGUGAUACAUUCUCUUUAGACAAAGCAGCUGCUGGCACCAGACUGUGCAUGAGUGACAGUGUGUGGGGACCAGGUGGGCAGACGGCAGGUACAUGAGGAGAGGGGUGUUUGUCCCAAUCUUCGCAUCUCUGGCUGCUAAUCCGGCAGCUGCUGAGGCUGUACGUGUGCUGAAUUUCUACUAAUAUCAGACAGGAACAAUCCAAGUCAUGAGACUGCCCGUUACGAUUAUCCCGCCUGUUUUAUGAAGUUAAAGUGAACCCUCUUACCUCUGGUCAAGUGCUGCAGGCAUUAUCCUCAGUUAUCAGCAGUAAUAUUCAUAUUUGCUGAGUUGUUAGAGCGAGUUAAUUCCCAUUUCAGUGGCUAAAGUUUAAUUGCGUGUGCAUCCUAGCGGGCUCGAGCUUUCAGGGCAGGGGAAAAGGAUGUGUCCAAGUGAAAUAAUUGGCCCAGAGAUCAGGACUGGCUCUGUUUUAUACUCUCUGGCUUUCCUCUCUGUAGCUGCCUCCUUAUUCCCAGAGUGAGAACAAAAAACAGAAAACAUGGAGAAGAUUUGAGACAGAUGCAGCAGCAUUAGGGCUUAGUAUCGUUUCAUGUUAUAUGGAGGGCAUGGACUAUAGUUAGUCUAAAGCAAGUGGUACAAAAACUGUUCGGGUUAAAAAAUGCCUGAAUCCAGAUACAAGGGCGAGCAAAAUGGCCAAAACUCCAUUCAAUUAGAUAUUUUUUUCACAUUAAAAAUAAUUAUUUUAACUGAAAGCUUUGAAGGUCGCAAUUUCUUUUUGAAAAUAGCUAAAUGUUGUAGUUUUAGGGGAAAAUAGUGUGAUGUUACUGUCAUUCUUCUCUUUCAGCUCUACCAAAAUUCACCAAAUUCCCACAAAAGCUGCUGUUUUCAAAAAGGAUAAGGUCCUACAGAUUUGCAAAUUAUAUAAAGAUAGGAGUUAAACCAUGUAAUAUUACUGCUAACACAUUCAUCAGCGACAAAAAAAAAAAAAAAAAAGUAAAAUUACGAGGGAAAAUUGGCUAUACUUUAAGUUAAAACAAUAUACUUUAUGAAUCCACCAUUAAAAAUUAGCUUAUAUUAGUGCCUGCUAUUUAAAGGCACAGUGAGGAAUUUUUGACUGGUUGUUAAACAGACUGAAACAGAAACUGAUGCUUCUUUAAGUGCAAACUAAAAAGCAACAAGACGGAUCAUUUCACUGCAGUAAUUUUUAUUGCUUUAAAAGGCUUUGAGGGGUAGGCGUCAGACCAGAUGAUUGACAGCAGACUAAAAAAACUGCCUUUUUAAUAUUUUACACAACUGGUACUUAAAAUGAGUUAUGAGGUGUACUGUGAACAGACAACAGGAUUCAAAUGUCUCAAAGCGCUACUCUUACUUGUACAUGAUAAUAGAUAAGAGGUAUCACUUUUAGCCACGGGGGCGCCAAUGUCAACACCAACCAAAUUUCUUUACUGCAGCUUUAAGACUAUUGGACAAAAAAGCAACAUCAUAUUAGCUAGAAUGUGUUUUUUUUUUCAUUCAAAGUGAAAUGGCUAAAUUAUCUGAUUGUUGCUGGCUUGAAGAUUAUUAUUAGUGCCAUUAGAUGGUUGAAAAUCAAAAACAUUGUCAAGCUACUUAGCAUUAGCCUAUAUUAGCAUGUGCUAGCUAACAUUAACCUUUGAAAGAGUAACAUUAUAGUAGCUAGAAAGGGGUGAAAUACUGUUUUUAGUGAUUGUGAUUUAACUGUUGGAACCUUAUGAGUCAGGAAAUAUUAUAUGUAGGAUUUUCAAAUGAGUUUGAUAGAGGAAAUGGUAACUUUAAACGUCUAUAAAGGACGGAUUUUUACUGCAGUAUCUUCCCUUUUGUUGCCCAAACCUUACCCAGAAGAUGUAGAAUUCUCGUAUUGAGUUUUUUUUUCCCCCUACAGUUUGAAGUAUUUUGGACAGAGAUGGCAGUGUAAAUGUACUUUUGUUCAGAUCUUUUGAGGAGAAACACAAUGAUGGGAUUUGAAUGGUUCCUUUCAUUCGACUGCUUUGAAAUACAGAGGGAACACGAGGUAUCAAAUUGAGCGCUAUUGAUGUUGUUUUUACUUGAAGGUAUAAAGUAAAGACAUUACUAGUUGAACCUUUCUUUUCAUGAGCAUUACCCAGCCUUGAGCAGCAUAGAGGAGAUUUAAUGACCCCAGAUACUAGAGUAGUAAAGAUCUGAUAUGUUGUUUUAAACAAUGGCUCUCUAGACUCCAUCCUUUGUGUUCCUGUGAUAAGUCAAGGGAGGCUUGUAUUUAUUAUCACCACAAACAAUAUCAUGACAUCCAGGGAAAUAAAAACAACUUCAUUUUGCCUCCGACAAGCAGUAGCAGGGUCACAGAUGGAUUCCCUAAAGAUCCAGUUGAGGAACCUCCCCCUCCUCGUUUCUUCAAAAUGUUACAACUUCAAUGGUUUUGUGCUGUUUUCUGUUUUUGUUGAACUAAACUAACAGUCUGGACUCUGGACUGAUGUGAUGUGGUACUGUGAAUCGUAUCAGCUCAGUCUCCUUCCUUAAUAAAAAACUAAACAAACAAAAAAAACUAAACAAUGGGAGGAAGGGAGUACACAUCUGUUUCAGUCUCUCCAGGUUGUCAUGGUAACAGUUGCCUUACAGUUGAAUACCCACCUGUACACAGAAGCUUUGUAGUGGUCGAUACCUCACUUUUUAUGUGUGGUGGUGGUGGUGGUGUUGAUAAUGUACACCACGUUCUGUCUAUGUAUUUAUACUAGAUAGAAAAGUCCAGUACCGUUUUCAGUUGGAUUGUUAUUGCACUUGUUGACUUUGUAUUGUCACGACAGGGAGAAAUAAAGUUUUAUCUUUUCCAGUGUGUUUAAAGCCCUUUGUGUGUCAAGUGCUCUUUAAAGGAAAAUAUUUAUUCAAUUUCAUGACGACCUUAAAGCUAGGACGCUCUAGAGGCCUGGAACAUAAGGUGAGCAGAGAAUA